CUAACAAAAUUUUCGUUUGCCUGUGAAAACUGGUCCGAUCAUGCUACAGGUAAGCUAAGGUAUUUUCCAUAAAAAGGAUAAUUAUGUAGUGGCAAUUUGUCAAUGUUUCCCUGAAAAACUGAAGACUUCUCACUGGUGACUUUUUCAAACUUCUAACUUCCUCUUACCCACGGUGAUGUUUUUAUAACAGGCACGCAUUUAUCUCCUUGCUCGUUUUUAAAAUUUAAAGCGCCGCUUCAAAUGGCGAGAAUGGCUUUAGAAUGGCUUUUGGGGUAGUAUUCAACGAUUAACCGGAACAUUGUAAUAAUUUCUAUUCGGCCAUGACUGGUUAACAAAUAAAAAUUAAGAGUUCACGUUAAUGAAUAAACCAAACAUAGGUAAGGGAAAUUGUUUACUUGCAUAUAUAAUAUUAUCAUCAAAAUAAACUGCUCGAAAGCUCUUUGAUGUAAAAAUUGAACAUUGUUUUUGAAAAUUUGGUCUGUUUUCCAAGUGUGGAGAAUCACUGAAGAAUAUCGAUCGCGAAUCGAUAAUUAAAAACCUUGGACUAACGAAUACCUAUAAUUAUUUUCACGUUUUAUUUCAAGGUGAUAUUCCUUCCAUAUUCCUCGGCAAGAUUACAUUUGAAAACAAAUUUAAAAAAAACCGUUAUUUGCUAGAUGAGGAGUAUUUUGUAAUUGCAGCUGUCGGUGUUUUUACCCGAUCUAAGGGUAUUCGUUCGUCGGCCCAAUGUGCAAGAUUCUACUUUUGCUUAAAUUCAUGAUUCGCUACUCAACUGGUAUUCAUGGUAAUCAGUGGGUCAUUCCCGACUCCAUUUGCACCUCAUAGCCGUUAAGACAGGACCGCGGAUUUCGAAUUAUAUCUUAAUCAUGUCGAAUUAAUUACACUUAAAGGAAGAAAAGAUGGAGCGCACAGAGAGCAAAUUGUCCAAAUUCAGCGAAUUUUGCCACUGGAUUCUUAGCACGCGUUCUCUCGAGGUAAAGAUUGUUCAAAAAAUUACCUAAACGUAGUUUUAAAUCGAGAAGUUCUUAAUAUUUUUCCGCAUUCAUUUGUACAACCGUAAUUUACAUUUCAUUUCAGAGAAAAAACAUGUUAGGUGUUCCAGUUGCGAACUGCCAUAACUAUCUUGACAGCAUUUCAUAAUUCACCAGGGAAACGAACAGUGAAAAAGAAGGUCACUUACGUAUACUUGGGAUAUCUUAGCACCUACUCGAAAACUUAACAUAUCUACCGUGUCUAGAUAUAUUAAUGCAUCAGUGGGUGUAAGCGCAAGAUAAGACCCUUAUCGAACGAUAUAUCUCGAAAAUUCGCUGAGAUACGUUUACAAGAUAGAACGGCGCGAGAGACGCUUCUACAUUUUUCAGCUAGAAAGGAGAAAAGUUUUGAGUCAUUGCCUUCACAGUAAACCCUAACAGCAACUUUACGUCGGAAUUAAAACAAAAAGCUUUACUCGCACCCAUGGAGGGAAUUUGUGCCAGUAUUAUGAACUCUAUCCCAAAUGAAAUUAGUCUGUUCAGGAACCAGGUCUGUUAUACCACCUGGCUAGUAUCUGAAUUACAAGCUAUGUCAUGCAAAUGAUACUAAAGCUGCAUACAAAUUCAUCGGAACUGAUACUGCCUCUGCAACAUGUAAACAUAACCUGUUCUAAAGUAAACGAAAUAAAUGCAAAAAUGUGCCCUUACGUGCCUCAAGGAAACCUUUUAAAUAGAAGCAUGCCGUAUAAUAUCAAUUUUCAACAUGUGGUCGCAUUCAUAGGUAACUAGAGAUGACUUGGUUGUGAAAUUGAUGGUUGAAAACUUGCCAGCUUGGUUAAAUGUUUUAAGUAGUCCAAGUCUGUUAUAUUCAUUCUUUCAUCUACCGCGUGAUUUUAUUAAAUUCUCUCUAUAAGUUUGUAUUGGGGAUGUUUGUCUUAGAAUUGUCCUUAGUUACCAAAUCACCCGCAUAUCGGUCAAUCUUAAUAUUAACAUCUUAACUUGUCAAAUUUGCUUUUGUAUAUGACACCCCUCUGUUAAUUGUAUAAGCAGGAAGCUCCAAGACUCGAAAUAUGAGUCAUUUCAUAUAUUUCCAUUCAAUCUCCAAGGUGUCCUAUAAAACAACGACAAAAAGAUUCUAGGGUUUUUCAAAGUAACAUAUCCGGGCAACGUUUCUCUUUACCUUAUUUCUUGAUUUGCUGCCUCAGUGUAAUAGCUACGAGGAAAUUUAAGUCGAUAAAAAAUUUUUCUUGGUUCAUUAGGUUCAUUGUUUUAGGCUCUCUGGUUUAUAAAGACUCUUCUUUUUCAGUUUAAUUUGAAAUCAAUUAGUUCUUCAGGCGAGCCGUAAAUCGAAAUUCUCCUCACUCCUCGUUUUUCUUAAGAAAAGCGAUUUUAGGUAAUUUUUGAAGAAUCAUAAAAACUAGGUGAAAAUUAUAAAUUAAAAAACGCUGUAUAAGUGCGUAAAUGAUAAAUUUACUUUACUGUUUGCUGAUAAAUUGCGUCAAAAUCUCCUGUUUACACGUCCCACUUAACAACGACUGAUGCACCUGUUGGGGAAUAGCUAAUUAACGCUGAAAAAUUUGCAUUACCAUGCAUUGGGAUACGGAAUUUUAGAAGAAUAAAAUCCAUUUUUUACCUCUCCUUUCUGGACUGGGUUUCGCCAAUUAGCAUAGAAAUGGCUAAAAAUGAGAUUUUCGACAUUUUUUUUGAAUAGUUUUUCUUGCUUAUUGGAUGUAAGGGAGAUUUUAUCUGGAUAUUUAGAGAAGUAGGUGAAUAUAAGCAAAACUGGCAGUGGGCUUUCAACCAAAAUGUUAGUAUGGGUUUUGUGUAACUCUGGCAGUAUUGGUCAAAAUUUGCAAAAUGAGUUAUCUGUGGAAAGACCUGUUCUUCCUGAAUUCGUUAUUUAUACUGUCUAACUUGAUUGCUUAUUAACUGAAAACUAAGUCGGUUCAGAAAUAGAUAAUCAGCAUUGCUCCAUAUCGACCAGAAAUUACUCGAUCUGUAGCCAAGGGGUUAAUAAAUUCCUUACAGAAUGUUUAACUGACACCACGGAGUCGAAACGAACACACUGCAGUGAAAUCUUUAGCGUUUUCAUCUAUCAGAUAUGUGUGUGUGUGAAAAGUGGAGACAAACUGAACAAUAGCGAGCGAGUGCGAGUGCAAUGAGUUGAACUAUUUCGGCCUGUGUUCUUUACUUAUUUGUAUCGUCUUAACGGUUAAUAGACCCGUUUACAUAUAUAAUUUUUUUUAUCUAAAAUGUUAUUAGAGCAGUGAAAUACUAUGGAUACCAUUGUAAAUUAUCUUCUAUCGACGUUUUUUGGAAAAUUGCUCUGAAAAUGAUUAAAAUGUACAGUAAAUGAGCUGAAAGUUGACUUUCACACCGGGUUGAAAAAUUACAAAAUAAACCUUUUUAUAGAGAAAUUUUGAGGUAAUGUAUUCCAUAAAAGCUUCAAGUUUUAGUUGCACAGAGAAUGGUAAAGAGAUGUUGGGAAAACGUGCUGUAUGUUUAGAGUAUUGGGCGAUUUCAAGCACCAACGACAAAAAAAAUCCAAUUUAGUAAUCCAAAAAUUCUAAGUAGUGAAUAGAAAGUUUUUUAAAAUUGCUUCUUCCAACCUUUUUAGAGAAAAAAGGAGAAACACGCUGAGUACACAUAAACGUGUCCAAUACAUUUUCUGGAAACUUUUCGUUUUUUUGUAUUCGACUUCCUUAGUAGAAUGAUUUCCACAUUUUCCCAAAAGUAGAUAGCUUAUGAAAUUUUUGCUUGGAAACUUCUUUCUCUGAGUUUCUUUUAUUACCGAAACGGAGAGCGCCCGUCAUUUUGCUUUACCGCUCAAGAAUUCAAUGCUUUCUGCUUUUUCUUUAAAUCGCUGAAAGGGAUAAACUUAGGAUUGUGUUUGUUAAGUGUUAGCUUAAGGAGUCACAAAAAAGAAACUUCUUCCAGCCAUUUGCAAAUCGUCAUGGGGCUUAGUAUUGACGUACGUUGUUGCUUGAUGUAUAGAGAGAUGCAUAUGUCCGCGUAUGGUAGUUCACCAGAUGUAAACAUUCACUCGAAGCAACGACAUUCUUCGCCGGAUAAUUUUGGACCGUAAUUUUAACCCUUAUCUUAACUGGUCUUGAAGUUCAUUCACAAAAUGAAAUGAAAUGUCUGAAAUGUCUGUAACAAGUCGUGCUUUCAUCGUUUUCAACUGUAUCUAUUGAUAACUAAUAAUUAUUUUUCUAUUGUUGACUACUUCCGUCUAACUAAAACCACAGCAGGAUUAAUUAGCUCAGAUAGGUAGAGUGCGCGCUUGACUGCAGAGAGGGAGGUCGUGCGCUCGAUUCCCUGGGCUGAACCAACACUUAGGGUUCUAAAAUAACUGAGAAAUGAAGCGCUACCUCAGGUUUGUCCUGCAAACGGCUAGACCUUCGCGUGGCUCGUAAAAUGGCGCUGCCUCCCUUCUCCUGUAGGAGGCAUAAAAGUAGUGUCCUCAAUAAUUACUUUCAACCUGGGUGAAUUUUUUUUCACACGUGCACCUAAACGGUUUAUGGAAAUACUUGUAAUGAGUCCUAGCAAUUUGACAAGUAUCUUCGAAGAAAUAUUUUAUAGAAAACGGUCGUUGGGUGCCCCUGCAGGCCAAACGUCGAACUUUUCAAGAGACGAACUAAACUUUAAUUUGGGUCGACCUAACUUAGAGUCAACUUAAGUUUAGAUCUUCUUCAAUCUUGAGACGCGUCGAACCAAUCAACUGAAUCUGACCAAAAAGAAAUUUUAAUAAAUUGUCUCCCGAAAGAGGCUAAAUAUACAUUAUCAUACAAAUUUUUAAUUUAUUAGUUUAGUUUGUCGCAUGUGAAGAUCGACGUUUGUCCCGGAGACGAUUUUCAGACGUUUUAUUAGUCUGAUGCAGAUGGAUAGAACGUGUUGGACGCUCCAAACUCAUUUAGACUAACUCAACUGAGCCAGACGAAGAACUUUUCUUGAACUUAACUCACUAAGUUUGAUUCGUCUCAUAAAAAGUUCGAAUGCUUUGCCUAGGCCUAAGAUACCGAAACAAUUUUCCCCCUGAAACUGUGCCUCCCGCAUAGUUCAGAUUUUAUUUAGUUGAACGAUAUCUGUUUCUGUUUUAACAGAUGUGAUCAAGCUCCUAAAUGUCAGUCUAACAUCCCAAGCGACCAAUGAUACCGGAAAAACUCCUUCCACGAACGGCUUAGCUUACAUCACAGUUAAUGGGAAAAACUACGCACCACAGACUAAGGGUUUCAAUGUAGCUGUUUUUGACCAUCUUUCAGGUAAAUCGAUAAUCAAAGAAUAUUGCAAAUAGAACACAGGAAAACAGCAUUUGAAUUACAGAAUGAUUCCGGGGCCUUAAUGGCUGGAAUUCUCCCAACGGCGUAUCCUUUAGGCCCGUUCUUAAAAGGGCGUAAUAAUAUGCUUAGAAACUGUCGGAUACUAGAAUACAUUUUCUUUACCUCACGCUUGUGAGUCUUUCUGUAGAUCAUGAGUGGAUAGAAAGCUACGGCUGUCACUGUUUGGGAAUUAUGAGUUCGAAUCCAUUCGUGGAUUCAAUAUUUUGUCUCCCUCUCUGACGCUCGCGAAAUAGCGAUAUUUACAUCUUUUGCUCAUUUAUUCAUUUGAUAGCGAAACCUAAGCUAAAGAUAUCCACUUGGUAAUAAAGUAAAACGUGAUCAGUUGUCAUCACAUCUCUCAUGCCUUCUCCUAUCCAGGUCGGUUUCUAACUUCAGCUGCAUUCGAUUGUGCUGCCAGCCAGGCUAAAUGCAAUGAGUUAGGUACCUUUCUAAGUGGUCUGCCCCAGGAUACAGUAGUGUUGAUUGCAAUACAAAAGUCUGGUUUAGUAAGAGUCGAAGAUCUCCCCACUAACCAACUGGAAAGAGGUGGGAAUACAGUCAAGUUCCUCUCUUGGCGCCAACUAUUCGUUCACUUCCAUUGGAUACAAAGGAAAAAACACCGUGGAUUGGAAAAAAGAACUGCAGAAUAAUGAUAGUGCAGUUCCCACGACAAUUGCAGCACUUAUCCCUAUCAAUUGUUCUUACGUGCCAUCAGGUUAGUUUCGACUUUUUUAUGUACCUAAUUUUAUUGUUUUAACAAAGGGCCUUUUUUGUGUUAUUUCUGCCCUUUUCUUCCAAAUCUUGCCAUGAUUUGAGACGUCCAUAGUUCUCUCGAUCAUUACGUUCCAGUGUCCAAGAACUGCUUACUGUGCCUCUGAAGACUUAUGGAGACCACCGGGGCGUUCGGCACUGCUGUGCCAAGGCUAUGGAAUAUUUUGAUCUCUGCAUUCGAAAGUGGCCGUCAAUAGCUAUUUGAAAAAAUGAAAACAAAAAUCUUUUCCUCUCUGUCAAUUUAUCUUGUUUUGGUUUUAGAGUUUUAGAGUUUUAACUUUUAUUUCUUGUACAUGUAUUAAUAAUAUUUUCAAGCUCUGUAAAUUUAUCCUCACUGGUAUUUUCAGCUUUUAUAAAUUAGUAUCAUUAUAUUAUUGAGAUAUAAAUCAUUAAAAAAAUGGGUCCAUAAGGACGGUAGAUUAAUUGGUUAUAUGGAUGUUUGAAAAUUUUUAGAUGAGUUUUUGAAUGUUUUCUAAUAAAUAAAAAUGGAGACGAGAAUGUUUAAAAUUUAGAAAAACUCAGUGAAAAACAUUGCGUGGGUUGUUGAAAGUUAAAAAAACGAAGAUCAUCAAUUACCAAACAAAUACCAGAUAUUCCACCAGCGCAACAAGGUGUCUCUGAGCCCAUAAUAAGAGAACUAACUGGUUUAUAUGUAUGCCUUUUCUACCCUAAUUUCUUUCCUUCUCAAAUCACCUCAUUUCCCCCCUAAAACCAGAUUAUGCCCCUAAACUGAUAAAAAGACAACGGACAUGAGCCGGAGGUGGUGAUGGUAGUGGAACGUGGCAUAGAAGGAAGUAGAGAAAUGAUACAAAUCUAGAAAAGGACGAAGGGGGUUAGCAGGAGGAGAAACAAUAAAUUUGUGGAAAAGGAAAACGUGGAGAGGGAUAGGGUUGUGUAAAGGAGUUUGUGACUUCAAAUUAACGUUGUUUAGUCUUAGUAAAGAUUGUUUUCCCCAUUGCUGUCAAUGAUAUGUACUAUUUACUUGUCGAGAAUCAAUGGACAGAAAUCCUAAACUAUAAACAUCUACAAUAAAUGAGAUUUGGGUACUUAGGUUCCGGUUCAGUGAUCGUACAAAUGGAAACAAGAGUUAAACAAACCGUACUAUAUUACUAGCUAAGCAUAUCUGGCAACCGACCCUCUUGUAAAAUCUGUAUAGCUAAGGUCAACCAUCGUUUACAGUUUUAGUGGUAGUUCCAAAGUUAAAUUCCGCUGAGUAUAGUUUCUUUUAUUUUUGUAGCUUCCACAACGUGCAGUCCAUUCAACGUAGCUUCGCAAAGGUACGGUGGCAGCUGUAUGAAUUCAAGUAGUGGUGACUGUGGAAAUGCUACUGACGGCAAUUCUACUACGGCCUGGGAAUCAAGCGGCGUUAUCAAUUCCUACUUAAAAAUUGGAUUUCAUACCAGCUUUACUGUAAACAAGCUGCGAAUUCAGCAAAGUGUGACUACGGGGCAGCAGAUUCAAGAGAUUUUGCUGGAGUUCAGUGACUGCUCACACGAGAAGGUUAGUAAAUCCUCUCUAUUUUCAGUGGUAACCUUUUGAGUUUUGCUUUUCUCGGAUUAAGGCAAUGUAGACAUUUUUCUUGACAUUUGAAAUAUUCGAAGUCUUAUUGAAAGGUUAAAAUCCGUCUCCAUGAAUAAGUGCUAGCUGUUUGUCGAAAUAUGAAAUUUGCCAGAAUGAAAUGAGGCAGCGAGAACAAAGUUUUGGUGGCGUAGUUAUCCUACAGAGGUUUUGGCUCAACUUUAAAUUUUAUUUAACAGAAUCGUAUUUUUAUAACAAAAUAAUUUAGUGAAUAGUAAAGAAGGCACUCAAUGACUGUCCUUCCCCUUCACGGCUUCCUUAAAAAGAUAAUUAGAGUUCACCGCUGUACGACCAACCCACGAUAGCUCAGAAGCAGUGGUCCAAUAGUAUUAUUAUUAUUAUUAAUAUUAUCAUUGUUACCAGCUGUCACUGAACAUACAGUCACUUAAGUUGAACGCGACCUCCUUGGUCUCCCUCUGCGCAUGGGAAGCCUUGGAUUUACAAGAUUCUGUAGUGAUCCCAUCUUCUGAAUACGAGGCUUCAAUCAAAGUUACUAAUCCACUCGUGAGGCGAAUUUUUGAGCAAGCGUACCAGCCUCCACCUGCCUCAGAAAUUCAAACACUUUAACUGAAAACGCGAAAACAAAAAGACGACUGUCUAAGUGAGAGGCUGGAGCAAGUGAAGAACUCCCUGCCGACAAAAGCUAAGCGUGCUGCUGAGUUAGCUACAGAGAAGGGAUCAUCAAAUUGGCUGACCGUGAUUCCCUUCAAAGAGCUGGAUUAUAAUCUGAAUAAGAAAGAAUUUAGAGAUGCAAUCAAGUUACGGUACAAUUGGGAAAUAAUGGACACGCAAAUGCUCUGCGCAUGCGGUGUUCAAUUUAGCGCGGAUCACGAAAUAGUGUGUCAGUGCGGCGGGCUCAUUAUCCAGCGCCAUUAUGAACUGCGCAACUUGGAAGCAGAGAUGCUAAGGAUGGUCUGUACUGUUGUGGAAGUAGAGCCAGUCCUUUGGGAGGUCACUGGGGAGACAUUAAAUCAUGGCGCGAACAAGGCCCCUGAUGCCCGUUUGGAUAUUCAUGCUCGAGGUUUUUGGGAGAGACAGAGAUCUGCAUUCUUCGACGUUCGGGUGUGUCACCCUCUCUUACAGAGACUUGACUCCUAAGCAGAUCUACAUGAAUCAUGAGAACGAGAAGAAGAGGCAGUAUGCGGAAAGACUAAUGGAUAUCAAACAAGAACGUUCACUUCCCUAGUUUUCACGACCACUGGUGGAAUGGCGGAUGAGUGUGUUAGGUUCCACAGAAGAGCUGAUCGCGAAUAAGAAGGGAGAAAGUUACUCAAGCGCAAUUUCCUGGAAAAGAGCUAAAGUGUCUUUCGCCAUCGUACGCUUUGCGAUACUAUGCUUGAGAGGCUCAAGAUCCAGAAGAAGACACUGGGCUAGACUUUGUUGACUCAGACCUACAGAUCCAUAAUAUUAGAGCCUGCCCGAACUGAUCUUUUUCUAAAGAACUUUUUAAAGAAUUAGGAAUUUAGGAAUACGAGAUUUUAUUCUUUUUAACUUGUUUCCUUUUUAACAUCAGAGACGGAUAAUUCUCUUUUGUUAAAUGACUUAAUUGAAAAACUCUGGACUGUUUGCAAGAGUUAUUGAACGCAUCAGAGCCGCAAGGAAUGUAUUUGCGAAAUCGUCAUUGACACAGCGAUUGUUAUUUUUAGGAUUUAUAUAAUUCUUAAUGCUAUAUAGUGCUUAAUUCUUGCUUCAAAUGUUUCUGUAAAUUGUGUACAUAUUUUGUUAAAGUUUUGUUAAAGUUAAAUAAAAUUGUUAUUAUCAUUAUUAAUACAAACAAACAAACACAAAGACAUUCCUUGGUGGUUUACGAGCGGUAAAACAUCAUUGAUGUCGAAGCCAGGUCAAUUUUCCAGCGAAAAUCAGCGCCCGAUUAAAUACCCUCUACAAGUUGUUUACUUCGCGCCUGUUAAAACCAGUGAAUUGUCACCUCGAGAAGUAUGGCUUCAUGGAGCGCGAGCAGCAGGGUGCAAGAGAGAAAUGCAGUGCAACUUUUGACAACUUCCUUAUUGUCCGAAUGGUGUGUCAAGACAGUCAGUGGGGGAAGCGGAAUCUCAGUAUGGCCUGGGUCGAUGUUAGAAAAGCCUUUGACAUGGUAGAUCACAUAUGGUUAGGAGAGAUGUUUGAGCUUCAUCAAUCCCCUCGGUGGUUGGACGUAGCAAUACGGCAGUUGAGUAAUAGGUGGAACACUAGAAUCGUGGUCAAGACAAAUCAAGGGAUGGAAGCGUCAAAAAUUAUAACUUUCAUCGAGUUGAUGCGUUUUGUCCGAGGCCCUUCACCUUAUGCCUAAAUCCUACAGCUUAGAAGCUCAAAGCAACGGAAGGGUACAAGUUGUACAAACCGAUUAGUCUGAAGAUAACAGAUCUAUUGUCAUCGAUGAUUUAAAGGUAUUUGCAUCGUCGGAAAGUAAGCAACGGAGAGUUCUAAGAUCUGUUAAGGAUGACAUGAAAUGUGUGGAUGUAAAGUGGAACGAGAAGAAGUGCGCGGCUGUUUAUGUGAACAGAGGGUGUUUGAUUCAAGGGCGGAAAACUUGGAGAUUGACAAUGCUAAAGCAAAUGGUAGUUUGGAAGAAGGUUGCUCUUACACGUUUCUGGGAGUAUUGAAAAAUGUGAAACAAGAAGACCGAAUUGUUCUUCAAAAUGAAGCGAAGGUGUACUUGCAAAGGUUAUCUAUUAUCAGGUCUAUCUCGCUCACAGACUACCACAGAGUGGCUGCUUCGAAACAGUAUGCUUUACCACUUUUAACGUAUUUCAUGUGGACCCAGACAUGGCCACUUGCCGACUUACAGCAAUUGGAUAGAAAAGCGCGUAAAGUUAUCGUGGAGAAUGAUGGGAAUCACCCCCGCUGGGAUCGAUAGCGCAACUCUACAAUUCAAGAAAGAACGGUGGAAGAGGCCUUAGAUCAUGUGUUGAGCGAAGUAUAAAAUUACUAAGAUCAAAGCGGUUGUAAAAUUAUUUGAGAUCUCAGAUACGAUCAUGAGCGCAGUGAGGAAGUUUGAAGAGAAGGCAGGGCAGACCGGGUGUCACUCAAUCAUCAAAGAUGCUGAAAAGUGUGCCUCAGAGCUACACUUAACUCUGACGUUAAUUUUACAGCAUCCUAAUCCAAGGGCUACUAAAGAGGAUGGUGACGAAAUAGGAGGAAAAAAGCUUAAAAGACCACUCUUGCCAAAGCACAAUAGAAAACUUUUUGUGACACACUGGUAGAAGAGAAAUGGCAAGGGAAACUGACUAAAUAUAGAUAAGAGGACUCGGCUCUUGAUAAUAGCAGCAGCCACGCAGGAAUUGUACCAACAGAUGUUUCCAACCAAAUUAUACCACCAAAGACAAACUGGAAAAGGGAGUGGAACUUCACAUUCAUGUGCCGAAUGUGUGGUAUAAAUUGCACGAGAAUGUGCCGCACGUGUUGGCGGGGUGUGGGAAACUCCCUCAAACUAAGUAUCUCGCGAGGCAUAACCCACUGAGCUCCUAAAAUCCUCUUCUUUGAGUUGCUGAAGGAACUUAUUUCAGAAGUACCUCCAUGGUAUUAAAAGACUCAACCCAAACCGUCGUAUGAGAUGUGGGAGUGUGCGAGCAUUAUGGGAUGUACCGGUUUAUGCAGACAGCACUGAGGUGAGGACCCGCAGAAUCGACACCAGAAUAGUCGACAAAGAGCAGAAACGAGUGUUUACCAUUAAAAUGAGCUGCCCUAUUUGGUUGGAGUACCGCGAAGUGAAAGAGAUGGAGAAGACACAGUAAUAUUGUCUACUAAUGUGGGAAUUGAGAGAGAAAAAUCCUGGCUAGCAAGUAAAACAGAAUGACAUCAUUAUUGAUGUUCUGGAAGGAACUUGUUGGAGAGAACAGUGCCACCAUCUUACAAAGAAUGCAGAGAUCAGUCAUAUCGAGUACAUUAAACAUUGCGCGCAGUUUCAAAUUCUUGCUCAAGAGGAUUCUUGCUAAAGUUCUCGGUUUUAGAAAAAAAUUUCAUUGAAACUUUUAUUGAAAAUUGUAUUAUGAUUCUGCCAUAUAUUUUAAGCUAAACAGAAUGGUGGACAAAAUUUUAGGACAAACGGAAACAUCUUUAUUUUUUAUUUAACGUUUUAAUAUUUUACAAGAGCCGGCUAUGAUAUUCUUAAUGUUUCAAUAUUUUUCACAUAAGAAAAGACCUUUAAUAAUAAUAAUAAUAAUAAUAAUAAUAAUAAUAAUAAUAAUAAUAAUAAUAAUAAUAAUAAUAAUAACAGCAACAACAAUAAUAGUAAGACAAACAAAAGACUUUAUAAAGCUUCAUGACUAUGCUUCCUUUCUGUUAAGCGCCUGAAUGGAACAGGAGAACAACAAUGCGUGUGAUUUUCACUCUUAAAACUAAGUAUUUAGAGUAACCUCGGACGUCAUUCUUGGUGAUAGUAGCUACCGCUCUCAGUCCAUUUAUUUUACGGGCUUUGGGUCACCUUCAAACUCAUUAUCGAUGUGUAACGUAUGUGGUAUAUGUGAACUGAAAACAGAGGUGGAGCUAUUAACCACGUUUUGGUCAAAACUAGCGUCCUUUUGAUACUUUUAUUGUGUUUUGCAGUUUACAUUAAAGGCGAACAGUUCCCAUUUUGAAGAGUUAAGUUUUCUAUCUCGCCCGGCAAAAUGGAUAAAGUUUACAGUCAAGAAAUUAUAUGGGGCUAGCGGCGGAGUUGGAAUCCAAGAAAUAGAGGUUUACAAUGAAUAUUGUAAUCAAAGUAAGUGAUUUUUAAAACUGAACAGAUAAACACAAAAGGAGUCAACAAACGAUUCUGUUCAUUGGAAAAGAUAUCCUCCAUGUUUGAUUGCCUAGUCCCUGUACGGCGUCUUUUCAGGCCCUCUCGGUCAAUACAUUUCGGUGACGUAUCCGAGACGAACGACCCGGAGACGCCUAGACAAUCACGGAGUGCGCAUGCGUGAGCAUUUUUGAAAAGUUCACACAGUCAACUGAAAUAAUCUAUAAAUAACUUUGCGCGUGAAUAUCCUUCCCUAAAGAUCGGCACUCUUGAGACUAUUACAAAAGUAACUAACCUAGUUCGUGUUAUAAAAGAACAAAAGUAUUACUUUGAAUCGGAAAGAAUAGUAAUGUAUAACGUGCAAGUAAUUUCUCUUUUAGUCCAUCUUCAAAUGAACCAUAACUAUGAUAGUCUUUAUUGAUAAAAAGAUUUGAAACAACAGUUUGUUGACAUUCUACCAAAUUUAGAGACCAAAUUCAACAGCCUGUCCGAUUAGUUUGAUAAGCUUCCAAAUCCAAAAAUUAAAUUACAUAAAGUAUUUCGAAGUGAAAUGAUAACGAGAAAUUUAUAGCAGCAAGCGAAAAUAGAGAAACGAAAGAUAGCUUGUCAUAUCCAAGAAUAAAUAUAAACUUAUUUCUUUAGCUUACCGUCCGAUUCUUGAUCAAAUAUAUUUUUUGCGACGCUGUCUUGCUUAGCCUACAAAUAGCUUUUGAGAUGAAAUAAAGUUCAAAUUAGUUUAAUGAGAUAAAUGAAAAAGAAAGGCCAAACGACUUUCAACAAUGAAAACGUGCAUAGAAUAAAAAUGCUCGUUCCUCGAUCGAUCUGUACUCUCCAUGGCUGCUGAACAUCUUUCAACAGCGCGGAAAAAUUAUUGACAGCUCGCCCGCUUCCAAAAGCUCCGCCCCAAGUGAGACAAAAUGUCUCACUUCUCCGAGUUUGUCUAGGCCUCAAAAACUUUCUCUGACCACGUGAUCCGAAACGCAUCGGCCGCGCUUAAUAAUGAGGCCUAGGGACUAGGCAACAUGUUUGAAAGGAAAGAUAUGUUGUAUACAGCUAUUUCGAGAAAGGUUGUCGGAAAAAGUGCACGCGACAAUCCCGAAAGGCAUUGUGGGUGGUUUUGAGUUCACUGUUCUUCAAAGAAAUUUGAAAGAAUUGGCACGAAAGGCUACGAAAAUGUGUUUGCGAGUGCUAAAGGAAAGCAACAAAAGUAGGUUCGACAGCUAAAGUCGUCAGAAACAGUGUAUCGAUCAUAUCCCAUAUUACCUUUCGGGAUUGUCGCGUGCACAUUUUUCCGACAACCUUUCUCGAAAUAGCUGUAUAAGUUCAUUUAAAUUUUGAUCCAUUCUUGGACCUUGUUGGCGUUCGGCUAUGUUUGUGAAAAGUGUGCUUUUUACUUUGCCACGAAUUAGCAGUUUAACAAUCUUUGAAUGUUAAAAGAUCAAUACUGAGAAGAGCGGCAAGAAAUCUUUGAAGAAAGUAAUACACAGCUUGAUUUUGACCACAGAAAGAAGAUGAUGUGAACUGCGGGAAUUCAGAGCUAAAUGAAUUCAUCUUCAUUCCAAGUUUCAUUCGUUUCGCUGGUGAAGAUGAACUCAAAAAAUUGGCCUGCUCCCAAUGUAUGGCUCUUCAUAGAUCACUUAAUUUGGUAGAGCACUGCAGUGCUAAUGCAGAGGCCAUUAGUUCGCAUUCCGUUCAAAAGCCCAAAACUUUUUUCCGACUUAAAAUUUCUUAAAUUGCAAUUACAACUGCGGUGGCCAUAUCUUUAUUUAGAUUUUUACAUUGAUUGUCGAUGUAUGCGAGUUUUACUUUCAGGAUAGUGUGCUAUGGAGUGCACCUAACAGUCUCUAUAUCGUGGUUUUACUCUAAGUUCUUGUCAGAAUUCCUUUUGCAUUUUCUAUAAGUAAACAAGUUAUAAAUUCAUAUCAGCCUUAGUUCCUUUUUUCAUCUAUUAGGGCAGCGUGGUGGAGCGCUGUUCAUGUAACCCGGACGUCUCGCCCUGACCCCUAGCUGGAGUUUUAGUCGGUAGUCCCAAGUUUAAAUUCUCCGCUAAGCUUGUAAAAUCGCCUCUGGCCAGUUAGGAUUCUUAACCAUAUUUUUUCCAUUUGAAUUAUUUCUAUCUGAAAAGCCCCAUAAGGGGAGAGGAUAAUAAAGUAUUUAUGACACAAUCCUUUACCAAUCAGGGCGAAGGAAUCUGAAGGAAUUUGAAUUUGUGUGUUUUUAGAGUCACUUUGUGACGCUGUCCUCCUAAACAGCAACAACCAAUCGUCUCACUACCGUCUACACAGCCGAAAGUUUCAAUUCAUGAUUGACGCCCAGAGAAAAGUUACCGUUCUGUUAACAAGUGGAUCGCUUGUCACUAGCUCGCGUUAUGAGAUAAUCAUUGGGUCUGCGGAGGAUAACCAGCUCAAACUAAAACGUAUCAAAGGCAACAUUACUGCUGAUUUGUUGGUGAAGCACGUUACGGGGCCAUUAAAGGAAAACGAGAUGCGGUCAUUCUGGAUUGAAGUAGAAUCGGACAGAGUAGUGUUUGGUUCUGGAGAAGUGGUAUGUCUGACAGAGUAUAUGAUUAGUUUUUUGCAAGAGAGAAACUACUUGGUCGAUAUUUCUUAUUUGAGAUACGGCUGUUGCGACGCGUUCCACGUACGACCCUCGCCCAUACCCUCGUGUAUGAUACGUCUUUGAGUCUUAGCGUGUCAUAGCCCCUUCAACCUCUGUCAUUUUCUUGUCAAAGAUCAUCGUUAUUAUUACCCUUAUUUUCGAAACGCUUAGUAGACUAUGGCAUAACAUAAAAGUUCAGUGGUUUAAGGUUUGGGGCUAAGUUCAGCAGCUGAACCUCUUUUAGGCGGCCACAUUGGAAGUAACGGUAAGUAGCCGCUUAGUAUAGGAUUCACUGUAAUUGAUGUUUUCUCUUAAUUAUCAUGUAGCACGUAUUUAUACCCCAAGUAGACUAGACAACUAUACUUUUCAGAAUCAUAUAUUGAUUCACUGUCUCAAAUGUUAUCGUUUUUUUCAACAGCUUUACCUGUUUUGGAGAGAUAGUGAUCCAAUUAACGUGAAAUACGUGUUCUUCUCUACGACCACAUCAACGGCAAUUAUUCAUGUGUGUGGACGUACAGGUAAAGAACUCAUUUUUAAUAUCGCUGGUCACGUUCUUAUACGUUUUAAAAAUUUCCAGUUUAUCAGGGUAACUGAUAAUGAUGAUUUUCUGUCGUACAAUUCAGGAAAAGGUUACACAGUUUAUAUUUGGCGGGUGGGUGGAUUUGGCGUAUUAUAUGACGGAAAAUUGUUUUCCUCAACAUCGCUUUUGCUCAUAACUGGAGGGAAAUUUAUGUGAGUAAUUUUCCGAAAACAUGUGAUUAAGUAUUGGACCACAAAUUUCAAAAACAAAAAAAAUUAAAAUUCUAAUUUAAUUGAUAUGAUAGCUGAAGAACAUAGACUAUGUUUGAAAGCGCAUGUCCAGGCUUGUCUUGUACACUAUUUCGAUAAAUUGGUAUUUUAUAGCAACUCUCAGAUAAGUAUCAUCUGAUAUAAAGCAUGGAAAGGGUUUUUCUUUUGGAAUUGGGAAUUAGGGAAAUUCUAAUUCUUUGAUCCAAAGGGACUUAUAAAUUAACGUAGGCUACGAAAUCAGCCGACAUUUCAGGACUCCACCAACGGUUUCUCCGGGAAAAGAUGUUCAAGGAACUACAACAGAAAUUCCAUACUGAUGACGUGUCACACCCUGAUAUGGGUAGUGCUUGUGAUUGGUUGAAAAUUUGCUCUGUCCAAUCAGAAGCACUAACCAGAACUGGGUAGUAACACGUCAUCAGUAUGAAAUUUUUGCGCUCGUUCCUCAGAGAUCAUUUCGCGGGAAAAACCGUCAGGGACAUUGCUAAAUGUCGGCUGUUUUCUCAGUUUAAAAUUGAGUCGGAGUGGGGGAGAAUUAUUUUCGCAAUUUUUGCAUAGCAUUCUCAUUGCAUGCCUUUAACAGAUCAAUGUUAUAAGGAUGCGACUCACUACUGGCCACUGGACAAGCCUGUUUUCGUAAAGGACAUAAACAACGGCAAAAUCGGAAAGAUUCACGGUCCAUGGAUCACAGAGCGCGCAGCCGCUAAAGCUGACUUUUCACCUCUGGCGCUCUCCAUCAACAGCUCCGCUUCCUGGGUAGACCUUGGCGACCUUUCAGACAGCUGCUUAAGCAUUCCUUCCAAGUGUCCCAAUGGAUUUUCUUUAAGCUUCAAAGCCAGUAUUUCUGGAACUGGAACCGGAUAUUUGCUAUCCCUUGGCACAGUAAGCAUCUUUUAUGUCGACGAAACCAUGUAUUUUACUGUUAAGGACACACACAAGGAGUGGGAGGUUAAAGGAGCCUUUAAGAGGAACACCUGGCAGACAUUUUCCAUUGGGUGGAGCUACGCAAAUGGCCUGACUGCUGUUAUAGUCGGUAAUGCAGCUACUGUGUUGUAUGAUUUCAGUGGCAAGACUGUCACGCCUUCAGCUGUGACAAACGGUUCUUUUACGAUUGGUCGACCUAAAUAUUUCAGUGGUGCAAUCAGAGAUGUUGCAAUUUGGGAACUGGAAAUAAGUGAGGAAAGGAUGAAAACACUUCAUGUAUGCAAUGGUGAGUCCACUUUUUAUAACUUGUUUCAAUAGGUUUGUGUAGAUCAACCCUCAUUGCAACAUUAUGAUUGUCAAUAAUAAAAAAAUAACGAAACAUGAAAAACAGUUUAACAUUAUUUUGCCGGGGGUAGCCUGGGAGAUUGGGGCUCCGUAGUUGGGGAAAAGAGGGUAAAAUUCGCGAUUAAAGCGAGCCGAGCAGACCGAGAUAUGUUAUGAACAGUUCACACUUGUUUAACCUUUGUCAUGACGAUGUCAUGUAGUUUCCUCUUUUUUUCUGGAAACGAAGAAGGCGUUUGAAAAGCUCACGUAUUAGAAGAAGCACCGUAUGAUUAUUUCAAUGUGUUCAUUUAAGAUCAAGAAAUGCUGUGCCUGUCAUGUUUAUUCCCAACAUAGUCAAAAAUUCUAUCGCGAAAAAGGAGAAAAAUAAUGAGGUAAAAGGCCAUUUGACAAAAAAGCCUCACUGUUAAAGUGAGGCUAAGUGCAAAAACCUUUCUUGUUAAAAUGUGAAUUAUAAUAGAAUUACUUUUAUAACAAUUGGUUCGCCUCCAGCCUCGCGUUGAAACAGAGGCUUGAGACGUGAGAUAAAAGGCCUAGCUAAGUGCACUUUUCUUAUGAGCUGAUGAGCGGUCACUCUUAUCUAUGAUGUUCACAGAUCCAGACUCCUGCCCCGUGGGCUGGAAAUAUUUCGAUGGUUCCUGUUACAAGGUGUCGCCUUCAAACCUCUCAGCUUCCGCAGCUCGUGAAGCAUGCUUUAAUGAAACAGCUGAUCUGGUGAAGAUUACAUCAGAAGAAGAAAAUGCUUUUGUUCGUAGCUUGCUAAAAGGGGAUGCUUGGAUUGGACUUAAACGAAAGCCAAACGAUGUAUUAUAUUACUGGAGAGACGGAAUGAAGGUCUCUUAUGAGAAAUGGAGUAACGGAUCAUCAAGUGGUGAUUGUGUUGUUAUGGAAUCGAGUGGAAAUUGGAGCAAAACUUCAUGCUCAUCGUACACAUUGAGAUACGUUUGUGAACAAGGUAAUGUUUCAAGCUCACGAUAAAUUUUCAAACGGCGGUUUUUUCGCUGUUAAUUAAAAUCUCUCUUUUUUAUGCUUUGUGCCAAGAAUUUCUUUUAAACAUUUACUACAUUUGGGGACUUUUUACCCGUCAACAGUGCCUCUUUAUAAACGCCGAGCAGCUGGUGUUUUGAGUGUCUAAUAUAAUCAUAUUGCUUUCAAUGCGGCACAGCAAAUUCCUUGGAAAAUCAUUACAACUCACUGUAGGGACCUUAAGAUCCAAGGACGAGGACGGCAGCGAAAACGUCGCUGAAAAAAUGAAUUCGCGUUCUUUUAACCUUCAUCGCGAUUACGCAAAGUCACUAGCUUUGUCAAAUGUAGGUAACUACCCCUGAAGUUGAAUUCCGAAGAAUCAUAUCCAAGUUCAGAAAGAGAGAUGGAAUUUCGCUGUCGCUUGUGUACUUCCUCUAUAAAACGUGAAAUCAGUCAUUUUCAAGUCGUAGUCAUGCAGUGACGGCAAAGAAAUGUACAAAGUCAAAAAGCGUAAUGCACGUGCAAAGUUCUUGUUUUGCUUAUUAAAACUGUUGCUUUUACGACUUUCUCGUUGCUGUCCUCGUCACGGAAGGAAACUAACGGCCAAAAAUUCUUCAGUUUUGCGUUUGCGUUCCAUAGUCCAUCAAAGUGAUUUCAGAAAUUGUUGAUCUUAGUCUCUCAGCUUAUCAUUAUUAAUGCCUGAAUGUUUAUCCUUCUUACCUACAGUUCCUUACCAGUACCUGGGUUGCUACAAGGACGGUGACACAUCGCCAGCUUUUGUUUUUAACCCCGGUGGAUACAAGCCAAGCAGCAUGACCCCAGGUCUCUGCAUGCACGAGUGCGGCACUUGGUACUACAAUUAUGCAGCAGUAAAGGGGGGAAUGCUGUGCUUGUGUUCUAACUCCACUUCCCCAGCGGCUGAAGGUGCCGCUGACAUGUGCUUUUGGCCCUGUUUUGGUUCUGGAAAUCUUAAAUGCGGAGGAAAAAGUCACAUUUCUGUUUUCAAGUCAGUUACGGUGUGGCCUCGGAGGCUAGAUAUGUCCUUGGAUUCCUCUGUGUACACCUUCAAGGCUUUUAACAUAACAUUGACGCCGAUGUUAUCAGCAAAUGAAACCGUUGAGUCCUACACGAUUAACAUCGGGGAUGGUACAACUCAUUACACCACGCAUUCCCCUGCAACCAUAGCAAUUCUGCAUCCCGGAAGUUACUACAUCAAAGGAACAGCAAUCGUAAAACAUAGUAAAACAGGUUAUCGAUCAACAAUUGAAUCUCCUGUGGAGACUAGGAGAGUAGUUUCUGAAUUGACAGGUCUUAAUAUGUCUUGCCAAUCCUGUGCUCCUGUGAACGUUUCUGCCGGUUGUUCUGUGAUGUUCCGUUAUGGUUCUAACGUGAAUUAUUCAGUGCAGUUUGGGGACGGAAAAGGUCCAGACAGUGGUUCACUGCCUGGUAAGUGUUAACACCCAAACAUUACUACAACUUUGCUGCACUAACUUCUGUUAACAGAAACCUUUAGAUUCUAAGACGAGGACGAGAUUUUCUCAGUACGAAGUGUUGCGCAAACGUAAACCAGCAUCAUUUUAGCGGGAAAACGCGAUAGCAGUCGUGACCUAACUACGAGUUUUUGCGAGUAUGUCGAAGUGGUAGAAAAAAGUUGUCAAAUGUUCGAGGUUUUAUUUUCUUGCGAUGGAGAGAGGGGGUAGCCCUGAGACAUAACGGUGCUAACUUUCUUGGUGAAAAAUAGUCCUGCUGUCUUUUUUUGACAAUACGCGGAAAAAAAUUAAAUCAAAUUUGGUACUCGUAGUCGUUCUUGUCCUCGAACACUAAGGUCUCUAAUGAAAGAGCAAAUUAUUUUGAUUGGAAUCUUUUGAUUGAUAAGUCAGAAAGUGUAUCGUGGUAGGGGGAUUUAAAUGGGGUCAAAGUCUUCUGCGUCUUAUACAUUGCAUUCCCGACUUCCGCCCUUUUUUGGUUUCCUAUAGCCAUUUCUCGAUUGCGACAUAGUAAGCAUUCUCAUGCAAUUUCCCUUUGUUUAUCCCACUUUCCAUGCUUUUAAAACUCCUACCUCUCGCCCUUUCCUUUCCCACCUCUUGUAUCCCUCCCACACACUAUUCUCCCGGGCUACUACUUCCUGUCCUUCCCCACUAUGAUAUUCAAUUAGUGUAACUAUAUUUCGGACAUGCAAAGAUAAGGAUUCUGGGGAUAGAGCUAGCCUAAACUUCAAAGUGAGAACCUAUCAACACUUGUUCAUAUUAUCUUGUUCACAGUCUUAAUCCACCACUGUGAUUUCACGAUGAAUUUCAGGUCAAUAAGAUAUAACAUUUAGUCCCCUACUGGGUGCAAAUAUAGUUUCAGGCGCAAAUUAAGCCGGGCAAAGCCUUAACCAGUCCUAGAUGAGAUUAGUCUUAAAACGGGGUCAUAUGAUUUUCCUUCAUGCACUACUGCUGAAUUUGCUGAUUAUGCAAUUAAUGGACCUGUUUUUCAAUCCACAGAUGCAGCAGUACUGACUGUAGGCACACCAGCUGGGGAAGCACACUCGCCAAUUACAUCUGACGGGUUAUAUCUGAUGGCGGGUACGGAAGUCAAAAGUAAAGGAGAAGCUGUUGCCCUGGAAAUGGAUGUUGAGACAGGAGGGUCUUUAGAAAUCAUGGUACUCUUCCAAUAGACUAAUGAUAAAGUGUUUUGAAAAUAGAACUCAUUGUUGAUCUUUACUUUACAAAACACCCCACUGCUGGUUGAUGUAAGUAACCAAUAACAAUGAAAAAGCCACGGAGAUAAGAAUCAAUCACAGAGCCCGAAUGCAGAAAAGAUCCAGGUGGGAUUCGAACCCAGGACCUUCAGCACCCUAGUCGGAUGCUCCAACUACUGAGCUAGUAAAGACUGAGGUGAGGAAGAGUGAUUUCUGGGGGGGGGGAGGGGGGGAUGACAUACUAGCUGAAUCAAACAGGAAUCAAAACAGGGCACUAAGGAAGAGGUUUCAUGCAAUUCUCUUGGAACUUCGUUGCCCUGUUCGAUACAAGUGGCAAAAAAGAUAAAAGAAGUCAACCCAAUACAUUAAAUUGCUACCUAUAUUUAUAAAACUGAUGCAGUAGUAAUGAAACGUUGUGAGAAGAAACUGUCGCUAGGCAUGAUCAUCUCAGGGCUGCAAAAGUGUUGUGACGAACGGAAAAUUGCAGUUUGUAAGAAAAAUCGCCCAGUGCAACGAGAUUGUGAUGCAAAUGUUACUAUUGGCUGCCAUUUUUGUAACAAAAUUUUAUUUGUGAGUAAUUUUGAAAUAACUGUCAUCCAAAUUUCCUGAGCAAUGUUGUAGUUUUUGUAGUAAACGCUAAUCACUUACAUCGCUAGGUUUAUCGACCAACGUGCACGGAUUCUACUCAACAAUACUGUACAUCAACCAAGACGUGUAUCAGCGACAUCACUAUGUGCACAGGCAGUGAGAAAAAAACAUGCGACAACGAUGCAAUCUUCAGUUUCUCUGACGGGCUGUGUGUCGUGCAAAGUAUGUCGCGUUGCAAAAACGAAACACUGCCUUAUGGAAACUUUAACUACCAACAAAUCCAUAAAUACCUGGUCUACACAACAAGUGGUCCCAAGCGUAUUUUGAUUGAAGAUGAAAAUCAGAGAUUUCAGCUUCAACCUGGAGAUGUCUUUGGCGUGCGUUUUGCUUCCUCGGGACCGACAGGGGCGCUAAAAACCAGUUCAUCAGGGUCCUCUCUAUUUUAUUCCAGUGCAGUUAUUAACAAAACUGGUUCGGGAAUUCUUCGUGGUAAUUACCAUCCAUUUACAGAGGACAGUCCACAAAAUCGUUCCAUACUCCCUGCAAUCGCUUUGGUCGUGUCCACUGUUUCUGAAUCCCGUGUAGAAAGAGUGUAUGAAAAGUUUGGACAUAAGACAAUCGCCUUAUCAGUCGGAAACUCCGUUAGAAGAGAAAAUGUUACAAAAUCGAUUUGCCUCCAGGAAAUGGUCACCGAAUUGCAGCUAAAUAUACCGGAAGUCUUCCCUUCGGCGGAAUCUGUAAAUUUAACCGGCUCUAUAACCAAAGGAACUAAUGUUACUUUCAUCUGGGAUUUUGGUGACAACAGCAACGACACGACAAAAUUACCAUGGGUCACGAAAAUAUUUGACAACACUGGGGAGAGGACCCUCGGCGUCUUGGCAGGGAAUAAGAUAGGGGUAGCUGCACUCUGGUGUCAGGUGGUCAUUCAAGAGAGAAUAGCUGGCUUGAAAUUUAAAAACGAUUCUUUGAAAACAAUAGAAAACGGGACCACAGCUAGCAUUGGCUGGACAUUGUUCAAUGGAUCACACGUUGAAUUUAAUGUCACCAUCACACUCCCUGAUGGGAGUAUGGAAACAAGGAAUUUGACUGACGUCAAAGUGCCAGGUGCAAGGUUUUUUGGACUCUAUAAAAGUAACUUUACAACUGUUGGUUGGUACAGUGUAGUCAUCACAGCCACCAAUAGAGUUAACAAUGAAACAAUUGCAGGGAACCUCAGCGUACAAUAUGCAAUUCAUGGUGUGGUGGUUGAGCAUCCACUGAUCCUAAAGACCAACGAAACGUUCAACUUCACUGUAUUGCCUCAUCUAGGAGACGAAAUGGCCCGAUAUACCUUACAUACCAUGGAUGGAAAAACAACGAACAGCACUGAUAAAGUUAUACCCUAUACAUACACCACAGCUGGUAGAUACAAAGUAGCAUUGAUCGCAUCCAAUGAUGUCAGUUCAAUGCUUGUGAACUGCACAGAGAUUAUCGUCCAGGACGUAAUCGAAGGCUUGAAAUACACUAGCGUUAAUCAUUCCGUAGCAGUGAACGCUCCGGCAGAAAUACACUGGAGGCUUACCCAAGGCUCUGAACUUCUUUUUUCCAUUGACUAUGGUGAUGGGAGCCAAAAAAUUGUCAACAGGAGUCUCUCAGCUGGCGAUAUUUUUGUAGCAAUUAGUACGCACAAUUAUACUGAGCCUGGGAAAUAUGUCGUGGUCAUUAAUGCGAGUAAUCUUGUCGAUAGCAAAACAAUCAACACCACAGUAUAUGUGGAGACGCCAGCAGAGGGCCCGGGACUCGCUAUAUGGCGUACUACAUUUCCUAAAGCCCAAGAAAAACUGUGUAACAAGACAUUGUACAUUGCUGCUAAUAAUUCUGUUACGCUGAACGUGACGAUUUCAAAUGGCACCAACUUAAACGUGGCGAUAAAUUUUGGAGAUAAUUCAAGUGAUGAAUCGUUGUACUUCCCCCGAGAGUUUCCGACUUCGGGAUGGAGCACCAAUCAUUCCUACUCCAUUGCAGGAAAAUACAACAUUACGGUGACAUUCUUCAACAGAAAUCCUUCAAAUGUCAGCUACACUUGCCUGCUGAUAGUUCAGUAUGAAGUUAAAAAAGUCAUGGUGACCUCAGACUCGCCCAGAAACUCUUCUGAUGCGGCAGUGACACUGAAUGUAUCAUUCCCUGGUCCUGACUUUAAGCCUUCGGGACCCCUCAACUAUUACUGGCGAUACGGAGAUAACAAUUACUCGCUGACAAACAACUCAAUGACGGUUUACAACUACCCGAAUAAAUGUGGGGUCUAUAUUGUAACUGUUAAUGUCUCUAACGAGAUAAGUUCCGAAAUUGGUUCUGUGGAGGUUAUAAUACAAGAUGCAAUCCAAGGACUUGAAAUUAUCACUAAACAUACGGAAUAUGAGAAUCAAUCAUGCUCAGAUUUUACUCUUCGCAAUGAUACGUAUCCUGUGGAAUAUGACGUAUCUUUUAAAGCAAUUAUCACAAACGGUACCAACGUAACUUUUACCUGGAAUUUUGACAACGAUGGAGACAAAAGUUACAGGAAUAGGACCUUCUUGCAUAAGUUCAGUACUUGUGAACACACCAAAUGUGAACACACCAUUCGCCUAAAGGCAAAGAAUAAAGUCAGCGAGAUGACAACUGAUGUUACAAUCACGCUGAUGGAGAGCAUACGUGGUGUUAACCUAACAGACGACGGGCCUACAGAACAGAAAAAGCCAGUAAACUUUACUCUCGCAGUGGGUCAGAUGGGGAAUAGUCCCUGUUUUCUACUUAAUGCCGCAGAUGGCGCUAUCUAUCCAGAACAGUUUAAGGAGAAUAAAUGUUGGAAUCUGGAUUGCAAAGGCAAUAAUUGCAUUCAACAUUUUCGUGUCACGUAUAAAAACGCCAGGGGUUAUACUGUUAAUUUUAGAGCCACCAAUUUAGUAUCCUGCAUAGAUUUAAAAAAACCAGUGCUAGUAGGGAGGGGAUACUGCGAAAUACCCAAAAUUAGAGUUCCUGGAUUCGAAUCCGGUAAAACUAAGACGUUCAGACGUUCAGAGAAGAUAACUAUUGAGACUGAAAACGAGAUUAAGUGCUUCAAUGAUACUACCGAAUUCAGGUGGAAGAUUACAAAGAGAUGCGGCAGUGAUGAAGACGAUCUGAUGCCAAAGGAAAUUCCCCCAAAAUUAGCCAAAUUGGACUAUCCAGCGAGGCAUUUUAAUAUUUGCGCAAAGAUUGAAUUUCAGUUUUCGAUCAACAUGACUUGGGCAGAAGGAUUUUACAAUGAGGAGAUAUUUUCUAUUGAAAUUAUCCCAACUCCUCUUGUGGCAAGUAUUUUGGGCGGCUCGAAGAGGACUGUAGGCAAUGACGUUAUGGUGCAAAUUGAUGCUUCUAAGUCUGUGGACCCAGAUGAACCAGAAAGCAAUUUCGAGUUUGCUUGGUUUUGUAACUUUAGUCGUGGCAAGUUGCCAGAAAAUAUAUCCUCUAUUGAGACAAAAAAUCCCUUGAGUAAUGGAAGCUGUUUCGGAUAUGCUCCAGGUCAACUUACGGAUUUUAACGAAACAAAAAUAAUAACGUUAAAUACAAGCAUGGCGAUUCCUAACUCAACAUAUACUAUCAGAUUUAUCAUGGCAAAAAGUGGUCGACAGUCUUUUAAGGAUCAAAAUAUUACCCUUGUUCCUGGUGAUCCUCCUGAUGUGAGCAUCGAGUGAGUAUAUCAUAUCAAUUUUUAUUUAUACUAUGAACUUUCUAAACGGUGCUUAUAUCUCCCCACAAAUUUGCAGUAACCAGUUUAAUUUGGCAGGGGCGCUUUUUUUCAUUCUCUUCUUUCUGAAUAUGCCAACCAAUUCCAUAUUUUCACAAAUUUGAAUUUCUUUGACGCCACUUUUCUCUUCUCUAUAUAUCCUGUAUCUAAAUUUUCCAACAUUAGCCCAAGAAAUAGCACAAUAAAAAGCAACGGAACAUAAUCAGUCCAAAAAGGAUAUCAAUGCCAAUGAGUUUAAGUGUAUGGCGCUAGCGUAGCUGGACUGGGAGGCUGAUGGGUUUGUUCCCAGUUUCAUACUAGUGAGGGUUGACGCUAAUCUCGCACCCAGAUCCCUUGUUGACGAAGCCGAAGGCGAGAUCAGAUUAAACCCGAUUUGUGUACGUGAUCGCCUGUCAGGAAUGUGACAGGCGAUGAAAGAGCGCAUGCUCGAAAUAAAUCCUCAAUUUUAGACAUGUUAAAGAACUAACUUGAUAGAACCGUGAAGUUUUCUCUAAAAAGACGUGGUUAUACGCAUAUCUGGUCAAAAAGUAAGUAUUGGGGAAGGGGUGGGCUAGAGCAGAGAGGGGGUAGGUCAUGAUACUUUGAGCUUUGUGCAAGGGAUGGGUCGUGAAAUUUUCAGCUACCCUUGGGGGGGGGGUCAUCCUAUUUUGUAACAUAGAUAGAGAAUAUAAAACACAGCCAGACGGAAUUAUUGCUAAACAUAUUCUCAAACCUGUUGCCUUCUUGUUCAAAUGCAAUUUUAAUGAAAUGCACGAUUUUUGUUUUUAUACAUUUCAUUGGUUUUUAAAAUUCUGGUAUCUUGAUGUGGUUACCCGGCCUAUGUUGUUCCAUACCGCUACUUCGAGAAAGGUUGUCAGGAAAAAUGUAAACGCGACAAUCCCGAAAGGUAACAUGGGAUAUGAUCAAUACACUGUUCCUGAUACUGUAGCUGUCGAACCUACUUUUGUUGCUUUCCUUUAGCACUCGCAGACAUAUGUCCAUGGCCUCUCGUACCAUUCUUUCAAAUUUCUUUGAAAAACAGUGAACUCAAGACCACCCACAAUACCUUUCGGGUUGGUCGCGUGCACUUUAUCCGACAACCUUUCUCGAAAUAGCAGUAUAUUCUAGAAAGGAAGCAAACACAGAAACGCGGGGUCCUAUUUCUUCUCAUAAAAAUACGUAUCAAUAAUAAGCAGAAGUAUUAACGCAAACCUAACAAAUGUAUUCCAAAUAUCAAAAAAAUUUACAUAGCAGUAUUACAAGUAUCGACCUCCAGUCCAAAGACUCGUUUAUCUCAAGAAAAACUAAGUGGACUGUACCAGCGCCUGGAGAAUGAUCUUGACUGACGCACAGCAUAAAUCUCCAUUCAUGGAGAAGCUUUAGUCAAAGCUACAACUCAAGUCUGAAGAUCACACUAUCUCGCAUGAAAAUUCAACAUCCUGGAAACAACAUUUUUUAGCUGGGCCCAGCGCCAAAAUAUGGUAGGAAAUAAUCAUAUUCCAGGACAAAGAAACUAGACGCAUGAAGUUAUUCAAAUCCAGGCAUUUCGAAGAAAAUCAAAGAAACUGUGAGUACUUUACAACUGCAUCUGAGAUCAAAUCCUAUCAGAAACACCUACAGAAACAUAACCCGCAGGAAAUAGUUACUCAAUGUGCUUGAAACAAAUUACCAGCUUCAUGAUUUCUAUUUGUAAGACUACUGAUUAGCGUGGCAAAAAUAAGAUCUACUCAGUCAAAGUUUAAAAUGCUCCAUGCACUGUAAAGUGCUAGCGACCUAAGUGCGAGAGAGAAAAGAAGAAAAAUAUCUUUCCUUUAUUUUCAAGCAAACUCUAACGACACUUUUCACAUUAUCACGAGCUUAUGAGUCGUGUUUCGCCUGUCAAAAAUUUUAUUUCCAACCUUAUGAAGCGAGGCAAGAGGCUAGAGCUUCUUUUUUUGUCACCCACAGAACAAGGUUUUAUUGGAUUAUUAAGAGCAAACCAAAAAUCCAUGUUUUAAUACUAAGGGGUGGGUCAUCUAAUUUCCAACUUUGCUUUGGGGGUGGGUCAGUCAUUUUUGUGCUGAAGGGAGGGGGUGGUCCAUGUGUUUUUUAUCAACCACAUUUCCAAAUGCUCCACCUCCCUACACUUUUUGACCAGUACCUACCUAAGUAUGAACCAAAUAAGUUAUUGUUGUUUUCCUUUGUAACACCAAAUUCAAAGUGACAGCUAGUUAGUUUAAAUUUAAUUAUCAUUACCCGCGCUAAAAGCUCAAAGCAGUACGCAUCAAUUUCUACGCAGAGUUGUUCUUGCCCUUUUCAAAACUCUUAAUUUUGAUACCGAGACUGUGUUUUAAAAAGCCUUUAAAGAUGAGAUAAAAACGGAUUUACAAGUUAUAUCAAGACGGAAAACUACUUCUUCAGUGAAACGGAAGACUUGCAUAGAAUGAAUCACACGCCAUAGCGCGCGUAGGAGACAACACUCACGUCAUUAACUCACAAUCUAGCUAAUCAAAAACCAGUAAAAUCUCGCCUUGGGCUUCGUAAACAAGAAAUCUGGGUCUGAGAUUAGGUCGACGCGGCAAAAACAAGCAUUAGAAAGUGAUUUGUAAAGUAAAGAAGACCCUGACCAAGCCGAGUCUCUCCAAGUCAUCGUUUUUUCCGCUUUCUUGCUUGCUGUUGGCAGUUUGAAAAUUUAAUGUUUGAUAGCUGAUGGUAAUAUUGCUCUUGUUUGUCAGUUGAAUGUAAAAAAUAUAAAUCUAUAGUGUCGCUUUUCAAGGCACAGUUGCAGCCUAAAGGUUGCUGGGAAAUCGUAGCGCGAAAACGAGCCUAUGGUGAUUAUAAAUCAACUGGAAGAGCAACCACCAACAAGGAAAGCAGUUCUCAGUGUUCAGUUUUGUGCAUUUGGCAGUUUUAUUCUUCAAAUUUUAGCCAUUUUGUUUUGAUGUCUUUUGAAGUAUUUGAAGUUGUACCUUCUGCUCAUUAAAGAUUUUAACUAUGGUAAAGGAGAGCGAUUUUCUUCUUUCUUUUUUUUUUCACUAACAUACUUCAAAUUUCAAAAUUACUUUGUACGUUGCUCUUUCAAUAUCUAACUUAAUGGUGGACACCCUUUAUGACUUUUUCAUCGCUGCUUGCUUUUAAUUUCAGGUGUGUUAAAAACUGCAAGGAAAAAUUAAACCCAUCGGAGAAAUUUUCAUUAAAAGGAAAAGGGAAGUCCAAAGGUAACCGAAAGAUAAAUUACAAGUGGAGCGUUCAAAACUGUACAUCCGGUGGCAGCUGUUUAGAUGAAACUAUCCCACAGAAUUUCCUCGCAGUGCCAGAUACGACGUCAGAGACUUUGGUCAUAAACCCGGAUUAUUUUAAAGGUACUUACGAAUUUUGUUUGUGAAAUGUGGUUCUUUCACUAAAAUAAUCUUUACUUUUGCCGACGAAUUUGUGUUUUUCUUUUUAUCGGAAUAGUUUAAAUUUGUCCAUGACUCUUACUCAAAAAGCGCAAGGGGUGUGAUAGAAAGAAGACUGCAGACCAGGGAAAACAAGGAGUUUCAGCGUCGACGACGGCAACGACAACAAGAACGUCAAAAACGCAAUAGCUUUAAUUGUUGGCUUCACACUAGAUUACUCAAGUAUAAUCCAAGUGUACUUGGAACCUUCUUUGAGUGUGAAGGGGAAAAAGGAACUUUUUCAAAUUUACUUGGUGACCAAGGAAACGUUUGAGUUCAAAGAAGCCGAUGUUCGUUGCCAAGCGGUGGUGGCCUACACCACACUUGACCAAUAAGAAAAGGAAGCUAUGCUGCACGAUGUGCACGCGCAGCGGUUUCAAGAUCCUAAUGAAUUGGACAGAUGCACAUUCAUGUCUCGGUCUGCGAAGAGCAUUUGCGGAAGAGGCCAAGCCCAGAACUUAUGGCGAUCUUUUUUUGCCAAAAGAGCGUUGGUCAGUCAUUCUAGUGAAAUGAUGAGAGAGACUUCGCUUGUUUUUUUUUUUUCCUGCCGCUUCUAAGUACUUGUAAAACAUGAAGCACAUAAGCAUCUCUUUUACAGUUAAACUGAAACCCUUUGAGCUAAAUUAAAAACUAACGAAAAAUAAAUACUAAACAGCAAAAAACUCUUCUUCUGAGCAAAGGCCUCAUAGUUUUAACUUUCGACGCAAGCAAUCACGUUUGUGAUACGCAUAAAUGAUUUUAGUGCAAAACAUAAUUGACAGCUUGUACUACAGAGCGACUUAAGAUUUUUAAGUGCAAUUGAAUCAAGUGCUUGCUUGAAACUAACUCAGCUUAUAGCGGUGAAGCCAAGUAAUAAGCCAAAACAACAAUUCUGCGCGUGCGGCACACUUUUUGGACAUUUCUUUGCCGUCACUGCAGUCGAGUAGAACGUGAAAUUCCCUGCCGCAAAUACACCACGAAGAAGAAAAUUUCAGGAAAAUGUGUUCCAUUUUACAUUUUAAGCGAGUAGUACUUUAUGGAAGAUAAGUUACUGCAUGCAGGACAUGUGUAGUUCCAUGUUUUAACUAAAGGACUUCGUAUAUCCUAAGUAACAUAACAUAGUGCACACAGCGAAAAUAGAGAUCGGAGAAUGCGUCAAGUGGUCGCUUACAGUAGGUUAAAAAAGGGAAAAUCAUUAACCGUUAGGCUAAAAAAGUGGUGACAGUUGCUUAAAGGGGGUGGUCGUUUACUAGAGGUUCCAACUUUAAGGCUUUGACUGGGAAAACUUUUGUGUUGUGGAUGGACGGUCGUUUAUCGGAGGCGAUCGCUUACGAGAGGUAGUCGCACGUGGAGUUUAGUCUGUAUUUACUUUGGUCUCAGUGGGUUCUAGUCCUUGCUCAUAUUCUGCCAUAAUCUGAAUACCUGUUCUGACAACCAAAGUGACGCACAGAACCUAUCCGAUAUGUAACGUUUCACUUUCCAGAUCGGCACGGCGUAGCUUUGCUGUAGUUAAAGAAAUCCCUCCGAAUCACUGGAGUAGUUAUGUCUGAACAGAAGCCCUAUCCGGUGUGGUUUUGUGCCGGCACGAGAGUUGUCCGGUGUAGAAUGAACAUAGGCUUUUAAGCCUAUUUGGCUGUUUUUCCCUUCCUAUGGUUUUCACCAUCUUUAGUAGCCACAGCUCAAAAGUUACCCGCUAGCUUUUCUGCGCAUAUGACAGGCAUGUAAAUCAGAGUUAUGCAGCAGUCCUAGCCGGAUAACCAGACUUUUUUUAUCUACAGGAGGCCCUUUCCUUCGUGUUUCUAAUCUCUUACCGACCUUUUUUUCUUGAUAGCUGAUAUAAAUUAUACGGUUACACUGAGUGGAAAUGUUGACGGUGGAGCAACAGGCACAAGCACUUACGAUGUUGUGGUGAACAAGCCUCCAGCAAAUGGCAAUUGUAGGGUAUCUCACAAAGAAGGGGAACCGCUAAAAACUCUAUUUAUCAUAACUUGUACAAACUUCAAAGACAGAGACGAACCUCUAACGUACACAUUCUUCUACAAGAAAGCCGAAGGAGGUCCUCUAUCACUUUUAGACCAGAGCCUUAGUCCCGUUCUCAAAGAUUUUCGCUUAUCAAGUGGUCUGAAAGAAAACGAUUACAAAUAUAAUUUUGUCGUGAAGGUAACGGACAAAUUAGGAGCAUCUGUCGAUUACAAGAUUCCCGAAACUAUCAAGGUGGGUAUCGUUGUGUCAGUCAGGCCAUUUAUCUUUCUCAAUAUUAUUUUUGUUCUAGUUGAUCGUCAUCUCGUUAUUUCCUUGUACCUAACGGCCUGGGUGGCUGCAGCCAAGCGCUAGGCCAGCUCGGAUUGAACAAGCCUGAACCAUACUGUGAAUUGUAACGUCACCAAGAGUCUAGACUAGGUUUGGUGUUUUCUUGCCCCGUAUACACGUAUCCGGAUGAACGCAUGGAUUUUGUCUGUCCAUUUUCGAAAAAAAAGCGUCCACACAUUGCGUUUUCGAAUGAUUUUUGCCCGUUCAUGCGGAAACACUAAAACGAUCACAGAAACAAUAGCAUCCCUCACAGGGGAUGCGUGAUGCUAGUGGUAUAUAAUAUUCGAGAACCUCGGAUUUCGUCCGCCUUCACCGCGAAAAUGAGAAGCUAGAGUUUUCAAAACGCUCCAUUCUGGAGAAGGUUUCUGAAAAGAUGCGUUUUGUGACCGUUUUAAUCUUACCGCGCACGUGUGGAAGGUAUGCUAAACCGGAGGAAAGAUCUCUCUUUUCAAGCAAAACCGGACACAGUACGCGUGGCCCGGGGGUACUCAUAUGUACAGGCCACAUAGGUAAGUUCUUCCUCAAAGGGUAGGGUUUUGCGCCGUUUUGGUAUGAACGGGUAUAGACUUUGCCCAUUAGGAUCUGGAAUCGGGUACGGUUCUCGAGGGAACUCGAAGGAGUGUAUGAACGUAUUGAUCGUUUCUGAUUGAUCAUGAGGUAGAAAGAAAGAAAAAUAUGCGAAAUCUUUUGUUCUUGUUCUAAACUAAGUAAUCUAAUCUUAUCAUAACUAUCACGGUUACAUUUCCCCAGUUAGUCUACACCCAGGCAUUUCCAGCCAAAGUUAUCGUCUGCAGGUUAAAAUUUGCUGAAUUUUAUCAAGUGAGUGAGCAAUGACGCUAAAUAUCACGUAAAUGUCUGUGCUCUUCGUUCCACAUACCCUACAUUAGGUGCGGGUAUACUAUACAUUUUACCCAUGGAAAAUCGGGCUGUUGGCGACGGGAAAGCACCUUUUGGAGUGUGACGUAUUUUCCCAAAGCUAAUUUACUUUGGGGAAAAUUCCAUCGAUCCUUCAAAUAGCCCACGUUCGAUAUAUCAAAAUUCUAACGUAACUCCGAGGUAGGAUAAGGUUUUCAAACUUUCCACGACUCCAUUGUCUCGCAAUUCCUCGAAAAGACUUGAGCGGAAAGAAAACCAAAUCAAAUAUAGAAAUAUGACCAGAAAGCCCCGGAGUCAUGUUAGAAUUUUAAUAUGUCAAGCGUGGCCUAUUACCCAAGAAAGUUCCCGAGAAAGAGCUUUGAUCUUUCUUUGACAGGUUAAGCCGAAUGAAGAGAAACCGACUGCUGAGGAUCUUACAAAACUGUUAGACGAAAAUCUGGGCGAAAUAACUGCUGGUGGAAACUUAAACCUGAAACUGUCUUUUGUAUCAAGUUUUGCCCAAGCAUUAAACGAACAAGAUACUGAAGAGCAAAGUGGUGAAGAUGUCGAGGCAAACAAAAAGGUAAUUACGUUUUUUUUAUGUUCUGUUAUUAAUUUUACGGGCAAUCAUACAGACCGGUCACACUUUUGUGGGCCAGUGCACAGCAAGAUUAAGGAGUAGAAGGUUCAUCAAAGGAUGUAUAUAUUAUAGUUUACAUUGUGCGUAUUUUCAGCUCUCCAGAGCUAGUGGAACCCCAUAUCAUUCCUCUCAAAGUUCGCUUAGUUGUAGCGUUGAAAGAGGAAGCUAAAUGACAGGUAUUUGCGAGUGAAUCUUGUUGCUUUAUCGCAUUUUAAUACUGCAUUGGGCAUACACCUGUAAUUCUGUAAUUAAAUCCCGAAAACCAAUAAAAGAUUUGGUUUAAUUAUUUGGGGGGGCAAACUCAGUGGAGAUUUUAGGGUAAUAAUUAAAAAAUUAAUUUUGUCAUAUCAAAACAAUUUUUCUCUGCCAUAGACGCUGUUUGAGGCUGGUGGAGCGGUAUUUAUCAUGAAUUCAAAUAUGCAUUUGAGGAAACUUAGCUUAAGCGCGUCUUUCAAAGCUAUUUCGCAUUAUUUCGGGUUCAACAGGCCGACUCGAUGUAGAUAAUCGAUCGAACUAGCUUUACAGAAUUUGGUGGAGGAUUAGGAGAUCAACAGAGGCACACACUCUUAAGGAAUGAUAUGAAGUUAGGCCCAUUUAAUUAGCAAAAGUAUAGAUGAAACAUAAACAUGCGUGAUCUGAGAAUGGAACCUCCGAUUCUGGAGACUAGACCUUGCCAAUUUAGAGAAAAAAAAAGAUUUGAGUUUUGGUGACCUUGCCGGUCUGGUGAAAUAUAUGGUGUCCCGCAACACUGCACGCAAAACAAAUUAACAAAAUUAUACAAUCACGGACACAAAAUAUCAAAACCGUUUACAAAAGCAGAUUAUAGCAACACCAAAGAUCACACACAUUCGAUCAAAUAAGUGAUAUAUAGCGAUAUUUGCUAGCUUCUUAGCUUUUCCUCGACCUCGCUCGUCCAAAUAACUGUCGUAUCCCUUGCUAAUUUGCACAAGCGACCCGAGGCUCUUGCCCGUUACUAUGUGACAUCAUACUGGCAGGCGGAGUGGGUCAAGAAUCUUAGGUGGAAAACAAUAGAGUUGCCUCCCCCCCACCUGGUUAUUACUAUAUAAAAUCUGUUUGGUUUUUCAUAGGGUACUAGUUUCCCACGGGUUAGUUUACAUUUUUGCACUUUAAGGUAAACCCUUCGUUUCCAGUCGGAUAUAUCCAACUAGCCAAUUUUUGAUUUCAUGGACAUUGGUUUGUAUAAUAUUAAGCUUUGCAAAACUACUGCGGGUGUUUACUAUAGGUCUUAAGUGUCUUUUGGAGAUUUGGGGAUGGAAUAAGUAUUCUAUUUUUACCUUUUUCAGUUCAUUGACAAGCUUGUUUCUAUUGCACUUGACAAUACUGAAGUCAAAGAGGAUAUGAACUUGGCUGAUGUGACUCAACUGUCCGGGACUCUCAGCGAUGCUACUUCCGUAGCCAAACAGAAUUCUCCCAAUGUGAUCGUAAGUAAAGUCAAAAAAUAGAUAACAUGAUUCUAUGCUAACACGGACUGACAUAUCAAUGAUAUACAGUAAGAACCUGGUUUGAAUCUGUUAGGCUAAACUUUACCAGUUACAGGCCCGAUCGAAAAAAGAACCUGUUUAGCCUAAAAUCUGAAACAGGUUCUUAUUUUAUAGAAACUUUAUGAAAUCCUGUACAUUUUAAAAAAUAAGAUAAGCCAACAUUCAUGAUCUAUUUUGGAGACAAAGGUGCCUAUCACAGUCCAACUGCAGUAUAAUAGUAUGCAGACUUUAUAAAAGGAAUAAGCCGAAUGCGAAUAAUUGCUCUUGGCUACAAUGUGUUUUUUGUUCUGAUAGACUGUUCACAGUCCCCAUAUUUUUUCGUGAGAUCGUUUAGAUAUACCGCGUCUUUUACCGUCACGGCUAUCUUGAUUUUCAAAUGCACGGAUCGCGAGGGGGCGGGCGUCACGUCGGGGAUUAUAGCUAAGGUAGUUUUGACACUCAUGCAAGAUGGGUAGCCCUUAACGCGAAGCUCUCGAUCUCGAUGAUCUUACGGAAAAAUGGAAGGACUGUGAACAGUCUAUGUUCUGAAAACAAGAACCUAUUUAAGAACCUAAAUUGCCUAAAUUUACGCUCAUUACCAUUUACGUAAGAACCUGUUUAGUCAAACUAGGGAAAAUACAGGUUCUUAGUCGCGGGUUUUUACUGUAUUCACUAACGGCUUAGCCUUGUCAAGAACCUACUGGGAAUAAAGGGAUUGGAGUGGUUGGAAAACUUUGCGAUUCGUAAGUUGUAUAUCUUAGCAUGUACAACUCUAUAUUUGACGACCGACUGUAAAGAUAAGCUUUUAACAAUUGACCUAGUUGUUUGAAGGCCUAUUGACGCUCACUGUGAAAAUGGUGAAGCACAAGUAUUGAGUUUUCUGCUGAUGGACUGGCAAUUGCUAGCUAGCUCAUGUUAACAUGAUGGGGUCUCUGGGUAGUGUCCUAGAUAAGCUCAGAAUAACCUGAUAUCAGGCCCAAUUUUGGCAGUUCUCAUGCAUUCUCUCUAACGGCUACCGCUAAAAGUUGGGCCUGAUACAAACUCUCAAAAAUUUGUGCUCACUGCGGCCAGAUGUUGGCCGCAACGCUGAUUGGUUGUUAGAACAAUGUCACAAGAUCUGAUUGGCAGUUGGAAUCAACGGAAGUUCGAAAGCGCUUAUUCCUCGCGUGGUUGUUUUCGUGAAUGAUUCGCCAUCGGCGGAGAGAAGGAUCGAUUUUGCCGUCUUUUUUUUAUUAUUUUAUGGUCUUAUGGUAGGAAAAUAUGCGUUAACAUGUGCCAUGACAAUUCAGAAAAUUCAGAUGGUUGUUCAUAUCUUUUCAGGAUUUGCUUUAUUUGCGAAACUAAUGUGAUUGUAUCGCGGAGUUGAAUCCCUCUGCAAGUUGUUGACCGCGAACAAGGUGCCUUUUGAUUUACCAAAUCAACAAGCGAGUGCAAAUCAAAAUACUGUCCAUCUUAAACUUGUUUCAUUUGAAAGUUUAGCCGGGAAUGACUUCUGUGAACGGGGUACGUAUACGCAAGCGGAGGCUCACUGCGAAAGCUCGAUCGCCAACUGUGAAAUAUUAGACCAAAAGUAUCGCACCGCUGUUCAAGCACAGGCUGCCCAGACGUAGUGUGUGUCAACAUAUUAAUAUUCACAUGGAUAAAAUGGGAUGUGUCGUCGAAACUUCCAUGAACUAAAAUGGUCCAAAAGUCAAAAUAUAACAAAAAAAAGCUAAGAUACUUUUAACUGAACGACUCCUCCUUCUUCCUGGCCGGUUAAAGCGGCAUUUUGUUGAGUUUUGCAAUCGUAGGUACUAUCCACUAAAGAACAAAUUAAAGGCUGGCUACAAAACAAACGGACCAUCUCCACGCGCCUCCACGCGAAGCAAAUCCGCUCUAAAUUGCCAUCGGCUAAUCUGCAGGUAACGGGUACUCCAGCUUCUUGUUCGCACUAUAAUCGCUCGCUCAUCAACUAACACUGUUGACCUUUACGUUUCGCCAUGACCGCAAACUGGCAGGAUUACUACGCGACGUGAAUAUUCAAGCUUAGCGCCCGCGUUGGCGCGACAAUGCAGCACUUGCUAUGGGAGGGAUGAUACUAUUGCUUCUUGCUCAAUCAAUCGGGAAAAUAAUAUUGAAGCCCUUGUAAUUUUCAAAAACAACCCCAUCUUCUUACCUCGGGAAAGUCACCUAACAUCUAUGGUGGUUCAGCAAGUACUGGCAGAAACCUGUGUCUGCCUCGUGUGUUACAACUGCAUUCCCGCCAGCUUUUAGGGUUAAAAUGUCUGAUCAUUUUGCAAUAACAGGAGUUGACUUUGCCGGUCCAGUUCACUACAAGGAGAAGAAGUCUAAUACUGGUAAAUCUUACAUUACACUAUGUACGUGUGCCAGUACCCGUGCAGUGGACCUUAAGCUCUGUUGUGAUUUCUCUUCCAUUGGAUUUCAAAGAGCUUUAAAAGAGUUUAUUGCCAGGGGUGGAUGCCCUCAGACCAUUGUAAGAAAGACGUCUUCGGCCACUGGGACGUGGUUAUCUACCCUCAAGAAGGAUCAUAAUCUUGCAAGUUAUAUUGAAGCGCUGAACUUAAACCGGACUAAGUUUAACAUACCCCAAGCCUCAUGGUGGGGAGGGUUCUUUGCGUGCUUCAUAUUGGUAUCAUGAAGAGGGCUCUUUCAAAACGCCUUGGCCAAAGCCUCCUGACCUAUCCAGAGUUUGAAGAUGUCUUGCUGGACUUAGAGAACUGCGUGAACAACCCUCCUUUUCUUUAUCAGGGGGAAGAGUUUGAGCAACCAGUGCUUACCCCAAACACCUUGCUGAGGGGAAAACCAAGCCCAAUCUUGGAGGAAGAUUUUCAGGAAACUGGUGAAGACAAAGUAACAAAACGAAUGAAAUUCUUCCGGAAAAGCAAGGAGCAGCUUCAAAAGACGUUUCUAAAAAAGUACGCGUAUGCCCUUGGAAAAAGAAAGAGUGAGGCCGCUGCAAGCAGUGCAAAAAUUCAAGAUAGAGGAUCAUUGGUGUUACUGAAAAGAGAAGCAAAGGAUAAAGCAUUGUGAAAGUUUGGACGAGUCGUGGACAAGAUUAUUGGCAAAGAUGGAGUAUUUCAUGGAUUGAAGCUGAGAAGCGGAAAUGGAUAUGUUGUCAAACUUCCUUUGCAACUUGUGUACAAAGUGACUUCCAUUUAAGUUAAUGAAUUACUUAAAUGGGGGGAGGGUGUUGAGAUCGUUGAGAACAUUCGUGACUACUAUAUAAAUUGUUUUGUUGCAGCCUCGAUUAGAGUCUUUUUCGCAGACCUCGUGGUUAGGAAAAAAGACCUAACGGAAGCUUUUUGGACUCCGUUGCUGUUCGGAUUUCUACUAUUUCUUACUUGUGCUUGUGGAUAGGAUUAUGGUCAUUAAACCUGUUGAGAUUUUCUGUGUUUUAUUUGGUGUGCACUGGAUUUCUUCCCCCACACAAAACUCUUUUUUUUUGCUGUUUUUCACGAGACUGGGGGCGGUAUAAAAGACAAAACAUCGUGAUUUCACUGUUUGCAACAUCAGGUCAAGAAUCACAGGUGAACGACGUCAACUGAAAACAGAUUUUAGCUUUGACACUGAUUGUGGAACGCGAACGCUAGUCGUUCCAAUUGACAGGUCUGUAUUCUUAGUUGCUCGAUGCCUAGGUAGUGCUUGAGUACCCAAGUUUACAACCACGAUUGUGUUUUACGUUCUUUCUUUGGCCAUUAACUUACGUUCGCUUAAAUGGGUCUCUUAGUAAAAGUAAAAAAUAAUCAACUAGCGCGUUUCUAUGUGAGAAAUCUUUGUCUAAAUUUUGGGCUUACUAUAACUCAUCAAAAUACCUUGACCUUUCUGUAAAUACAGUAACUGCAAGAACGAUCAAACCUCUUUUGGCAGGAGUGAACUUUAUCGAAUUAACUUUAACUUUACGAUUGGUAAUUUUCCAGUGUGCUUAUAUUUGAUGCUUCUUUUUCAAACAGAACAAAGUUUCUUCUUUCAUCAAGAACGCGGGGAACGCAAUUCGAAAGCAAGCAAAGACCGCCUCGAGUAAAGACAUUGAGGGUGCUUCAGAGUCAGUGGUCGGUACAGCAAUAAACGUCAUUUUGAGCGACUCAUCAAACAAAGUACGAUCUGCUACUUCUUCUAUCCCUACCACUACCACUACCACUACCACUACCACUACUACACACUUAUUCUUUAUAAACUUUUUUGUCGUUUGCCUUUCAUUAGUAAAUACCAAUAUAGAGGGAGCGAUGUCUGUGACGAAAAAAUAAAAGAGAGCUCCUCUAUGAUAAAAAAAUAUAUAUCAUCGUCCUCAAAGGUUAGAUGUAAAGGGUCGGACCCCAAAGGAUGAAAAAGUCUCAGAAGCUGAUCACAAAAUUUUGUUUGUAGGAUUCAGAUGGCAAUAACACACAAGCAGCUGUCAAAACAAUCGAAACAGUUGGAACAGCUAUGCUGACCACUUUGAUUGCUGGAGAAAAAGAAAUAACUAUUGAGAGGAAAUCUUUAGCCCUGGGAGUCGAGAGAUAUAACGCAAAGGACAUGGGCAAUAAAACCAUCGCUUUGAAUGGAAGUGAGGUCAUUUUGCCGGCAAAUUUUACAACCUGCGGCAAUCAGAAUUCAAGUGUUAAUCGAAUGGUAUGUUUUGCCAAUUCCCUUCAAACCAUUAUUUUGUAAACUUUAUCUUCUUCUCUUUCUUACCCUGUCAUGUCCUCGAGACCAGAUUUAUUUGGCACCAAGAUGAAAGGGUGUUACAGUGAAAUGGGCAUUCCGCGUUUUGGGCAACCCCAUUACUAAAACCCUGGUGAUAUGCAGGGCAUCCCCUUCUCAUGUUACCCGCCUUACCGAUUUGGGUUAGGGUUAAGGGAAGGACUAGAGGUGAUGCCCAUAUCACUAGGAACGAAGGUGCUCAAAACGCGAGUAUGCCCAUAUCCCUGUGACAAUUAAGGGACAUUGAGGAGAACAGGUUCAAGCUUUGAGUGUAGUGUUUUUAUGAUCGUUUGGGCUGACGUCGCUAUUAUUGGUCGAUGGUAUUCAAAGCAAGCCGGCAUUAACCAAUCAUAUGUAACGCUCGGAUCCCAGAAGUCGUUGCGUCUAAAGAUUCUACCCAUUUGGGGGACUUAGGAUUGUGUGCAGCGAAGGUUCUUGAUCCCUGGCUUUAUUCAAAGGGAACGGAUAAUUGAAACUUCAUACACUUUAUUAGGCUCAAAUCCGAAGAAAAAAUGCACGUCAUCUGAGAAAAAAUAACCAAUGCUGAAUUGUUGGAAUCAGGCGUUUUUUAUUCUCUUUCAAAACAAGGAUACUGUUUCUCAUCUGGAGUUUUAUUAAAUAAAUGUUUUUACGCCUAAUUCAGAGUUUUACAUGAAUCCAUUUCCUCCAAGGUAGUUUGUAGAAUUUAAAGUGGAAACACUAUUAGAAGGAUCAAUUGCAAAGCCUAAAAAAGGAACUCUUCGAAUAACAGAAGAAUCUUGAUAGCAGCUAUUGGCGGUAGUGGCGAGUGGAAGAACACGAAUAAGUAAAAAUUUGAGAUGUUCAGGAUUUUUCCCUGUAGUCCGCCGUAAGAACCUGCAUGAACUAACAGACAAACGCAGUCAUCGAUGAAUGUCUUUGCGACACUUUCCUUAGGCGGCAGUACGGAAAGACGAUAAAUAAUUUUAAAACUUAACUGAAAUGAAAAGAGGCUUCUGCAGUUGUCGACAAGUCGUCUGUCGGCCAACAAAUUUCUAGAUGCUGCAUAAGUUUUCACGCAUGAAUUCACCUGUCAAAAUUUUGACUAAGCGGGCAGGAGGGAGAUAAAGUUGUUCCUAGAGUAUGACCAAAAGCGUGACAAAGCAGAAAGCAAAGCUUUAGAAUUAUCUCUUUAGCCGACCACAAGAAACUUCAAUCUAGAUUUUUACUCGAGCACCUCCGUUUUGUUACCUCAAAAAUGGUUAAUUUUGCGCCAAAAGGAAACGCACAGUAUAUGUCUAAGACUCCCUUCCCUACCCAAAUGAGGUUUUUUUACCUCUAUCCCCAGGGUCUGUACGGGCAACCGAACGGUGAACGCUGACGUCAUAAGCAAGUUUUCUGGCAUCAAUAGGUUUCUAUUUUCUAUAAGGUAUGGGGCUGCGCUGCGCACGCCUCGCUUCGCGUGCGCGGACGCUCCGCUAUUCCGCGGCACACACCUGUAACGUAUGAGAGUAGCCCUGGGAUUUGACCCCUGGCGAGGCUUUUGUCUUUGCUACGUCAAGUUGAAGGUACCCAAUUUCCAUGCCAAGGGAAACCUGAAAAUAGACCUCUGUUCGUUAUAAACCAGGAAUAAAGGUACGAUGGUGGACCUAAAAAUGAAAAAACAAAACAAAGCAAAACAAAGAAAAGAAAAGACAAACAAUGGUUAAUAAAAGCGAGUUAGCAUCUAUUUUAAGUCGGACACUUUUACAACGGUAAACUUUAUUGGGUGAACCUUUUUUUUCUCAGAUCCUAGUAUCCAACGAAAAUCUAUACUCAGGAGGUGAGGGAGGAGGUCAAGUAACAGACAAAAUUGUAAGCUUGUCGUUUUCCGGGUCAAAGGAUGACGGAAAUGAUAACGUUGAUGAUGCUGAGUGCAAAGUGAAAGGUCUGGAGGAGGAAAUCAGUGUUAUGUUACCAAGAAAUAAUACCGCUAAAGAUCCUCCGGUGCAAGACGGAAGUCUGCGCUCUGAUAAGUACAGUAUACGUGAAUUUAAUUUAACAGAAAAUGCAUCUGCUGUGACUGUUCAAGUAGCUUGGAACAUCAGUGUUGCGGUGCAGAUUUACAUCAAAAAAGGAAGCAGACCGAAACCAGAAGAAGGUGUUUACGACUUCAACGCAACAUUUCGCUUGGGAGGGCGCUAUAGUGAUCACUCGACGAACCUCUCUCGUUGUGAGCUUUUUUUGUCCAAUGAUGAUUUAAACUGGACUGCCGCUGGUCAGUAUUUUGUGAUGAUGGGAUAUACAAAAAACGACUCUCUACCUGUGGAAGAGCUGAAGAAGAUUGGAUCUGAUGACACUGUACCCUACACUUUUUCCAUGUAUACGUCCAAGUGUAUGUUCUAUGACAAAAAAAAGAACGUGUGGUCAACAGACGGGCUUAAGGUAAGGUUGAGGAGGACUAUCAAGUAUUCCUAUUUCUAAAUUACACGCCAUCUGAUUACAGACUUGAGAAUAAAAAAUAAUCAGCGAAAAACGUUUUACACAACGUUUUGAUGUGGUUAUGACAUCAUUUUUAAGUGGAAAAAUAAAGAAAAAUUCUCUUAAUAUGCAGGGAGGCAAGAAAAAAUAGCGUAACUCAUAUGUUUUCGCAAGGUUGGACAGUGUAUCUAACCAAACAGUCUUUCGCGGUUACACAGUUAAGGUGUAAAAUAUAACAAUGGCGUAACUCAUAUGUGUUAGACAGUGUUUGAAACAGCUUUUUUGCGAAUGGAGUCCCAAUGUGUGUUCAAAGUAGGCUUUCGGUUGUAAGGUUGAAUUUGGUAAUUCUUGCGUUAAGAAUUAAUUAGCGCAAUAUGCCUUUGGAGCUUCAUGUUAUUACUCUUAAUUUUCUGAGUCCUUGGGGUCAAUAUUUUUACCUCCUGAGUCCUUAGGCCAGGCUCAAAAGCUGUCCCUCACAAAAGCCGAACUCAGUUCAUGUAAAGUGUAGCCUACGACUCAGCUCUCCAAUAAUAGCGAGCGAGGCGAGAGAACGCGCAAGUGAGAGCUGGCCCCUCGCACUUACGUCUCCUUUCCGACUUGUGGCUCUUGCACGACUUCUCGCGACUCCCCCAAAUAAGGAGCCUUAUUACUCACAGGUUAGAGGAGUGCAGUUUUUAACCUAUUUAAGGUCGGCUGAUUAUAUUUUGGCCGGCUAAGACGUUGUUCACGGCUGAAGAAAGCGUGACAAACCACUCAUCCGAUCCAAAGUAAACUCAGGGUCAAACACGCCCUUUAAAUGAACCGAACUUGUAAAGUAGCUGAGCGAAACGACCGGUCGCGUGCUUUUUGAAAAAAAAAAUGACUGAAUUUAGUUCGACAAUAUUUGAGCUAACGGCGAACUUAGUAAUUAUGGUCAAACCACAAUUUAGGUAUUAUGCAUGCGACGUACAGCGCUUGAACCAGGUCCUACUCUUUAUUUCGUUAGGUAACAAAUCAGUUCACAUCUACAACAUAAAUGUUGGUGAAAGAAUGAAAGAUGGUAAAUUUUUAAGCUCGGUGAGACGUAUGUGAAAAUGAAUAAUCAGCAUGUCACGAGCGUGGGACAGAGAAAAAAUCUGAGUCCCCGACAGGAUUCGAACCUAUGAUCUCCAAUUUUCUUUGUCCCACGCUCGUGACAUGCUAAUUAGUCUUUUUCACAACAUAAAUGUCGCUUUUCACAGUUUGGCUACCUAAUCAUUAGCAGUAACCAUUUUGCUAUAAUUUGUGCGAACGUUUGCCUGGAAUGCUGGACAAUGACACAUUGCAACUGUCACAGACGUCAACUCGAAAGUCUUCUAACACCGAUUUUCAGUUUUCAGUUUAUUGAAAUUUUCCUGAAAUUUUGAUGGAAUGUGUUAUCUAUGUCCGAAAUGUAAAAAUUGGCUAGGGGGUCACCGAAUUUGGUGCGGAGACAAAAUGUCCGAAAAAUCCUUCUAAUUUUACCGCUGAUGCGGCUCUGAUCUCUAUGAAUCUAAACCCAAUGCAAAGAAUCAUUGAAAUGCGAUUUUGUCAGCUUAAUCUGCUAGUAAGCAAGAACAACAGAUUUUGCAUAGUAGCAUUUUAGGUUAGGCCACAAAUUCAACGUUUGAACCGGCAGCUGAACCGGGUGCACACGCUAGGUGAAUGACUUGAAAUUUUCUAUUGCGCACAAAACAAUUAGAGUAAAUGCUUUUAAGAUAGCAUCACUGCUUGUUGAACAAAGAACACACCUACGAUUUUAAGAUAUUAGAAUCGUUAGUGAUGUCGAUUUAUUAAUUUUUGUUUAAAAUUCCUCAAGGUGGGUCCUAAAACUAAUUUGAGGUCUACCGAGUGCUUAACAACACAUCUUACAACAUUCGGAUGCAGCUUCUUCGUUCCACCAAACAAGAUCAACUUUGACAAGCUAAGCGUGCAGCAGCUACUGGAUAGCCCACACGCCUUGAUUUUUGUCUGUGUGAUCCUGGGCCUCUACCUGAUAUGUCUCAUCCCUGCAAGAAGAGCAGAUAAAAGGGAUGCGCUUCAGGUAGGCUGUCAUAGGUAGAGCCCGCGGGGGGGGGGGGCACUUGGGUAUUUUUUGGGUGGGUAUGUGCCGCUCGGAACUCCAAAUUGGCACCCCGUGCUCGAAAAAAUUUCCCCCAAAAUUGAUACCCUGUUCUAGAAAUGGGCCAAUUUUUUAUACCCCGUUCUAGAAUUCGCCCUAAAACUGAUACCCCUCUCUAGGAAUGGGCCAAUUUUUUACACUCCGUUCUACAAAGUUUGUAAAUUGAAAUAGCCCUGUCUUUUUAAAAAGAUAUUUCUUUAUUUGUUCGACCGUACAUCAAAUAAAUUCUUCUUCAUAAUCGGCAACAAUUUUAAGCAGAAGAUAAAGCAGUGAUCUACAAUUUUUUAUACCCCGUUCUAGAAAACGUUUCUGAAAUGGAUACCCCGUUCUAAAUCAGGAGCUUCAAAAUCACGACCCCUUUGGGCGGCACAUACCCGUAUAGGUAAUGUAUGGCAGUACCCCCCCCCCCCCCCGGGAGGUAGAGCAAUCAAUCAAUUUUCAGGUGACGGCUAUCUUGAAAACUUGCCUAAGAAUUGCUUGAAUAUAGAUCGCAUUUCCACAGUACUUUUUAAGCAACUUCGAUCUGCCGUUAAUAUUGAUCUCAAUCUGCCAUAUUAUCACCUUUUUAGAGGCCUUGUUUGCUUUUCUGGGAGCAAAACGUUGGUGCUCACUUCCCGUCAAUUUAAGAACUAUUCCUUCAGCAAAAAGGCUUUUAAGAAAAAACUAUUUAAACUGCUUUUAAACCGACAGUGAACUUAAAACAUUUAGACACUGUAAAUAGUUUUUUUUUAUAGAACUUUUAUUUUCAAUUUUAUACAUUUUACCUUUCUACUACUAGUUUUAUUAUCAUGGAUUUUAAUUUACUCACUGUUGUAUAUCGCUGCUGAAAAGCCCUCUUUAGGAAGCGCAAUAAAUGUAUGUACGUCACGUAGUCUUUAAAGCGAUAAACAAACCAUGUGACAUUACGUUUAUCCCAUGCACAUUCAAAAAUAGCAGUUAUCUUGAACAAUGUCUAUCUUUUGCGUUUCUUUUCCUGACAAUAAACUACAACCGUCGGUAUGAUUGCAACAGUAAUCUACUGUAGCCGGCUUUCAUGGCGAGUUAUUUAGGUCCCGUUUAUACGAAGAAAACAUAUCUUGGGUAGAAGGUCAUUCGCCUGACCGAGCUAUCCUCUGGUUGUGCUUUAAUUAAUGCUUUUUUUUAAACACGAUUUCUUUCCUUUUAUGUCUUUUGAAUACUUGAAGACUGGAGUCACCCCACUACCAGACAAUGAUUCUCGAGAUACGUACUGUUAUGAGAUACACGUCCACACAGGAUUUAUUCGCGGAGCAGGAACAAGCGCAGAAGUGUCAAUUGUGUUAACCGGAGGUCUUGAAGAAACCGAGCCGCGAGUCUUGAAAGACCCAAACAGGAAAAAUUUUAAAACAGGUUUGUAUUUUUUCGUAAAAACUAAACUUAAGUUGAACGAUGACAUGCAUGGAGCUCAGAACGAAAAAAAAAAGGGGAAACCCUAUAAACAAGCACCAACAGGUCGAAUCUUAAAUCUUGCUCCUCUUAGGGUCUCCAUAGCCCAGUAGGUUAAGCGCACCCCAAAGUACCUAAUCUCGUCAGUCCCUAAUCUCAGUUGUGAAUAUUCAAUUUCCCAACUUGAGAGCAUACCUUCAGAGGUUUCACCGUUUUAUUCGUAAGUAGAGACGAGGAAUCAUUUCUUAACUUCUUAACUUAACUUAACUUCUUUCUUAACUAACUGUAAGUCAACUGAUAACUUUGUUACGCUUUUUAGGCUCUGUGGAUCCCUUCCUACUCACUGUGCCCCAGUCACUCGGCAGCUUAAAGCACAUCCGGAUAUGGCAUAAUAAUGGUGGGAAUUACCCCUCGUGGAAUCUCCUCAGGGUAAUGAUUCAGGAUCUGCAGACCGAUCAACGAUGGUGGUUCGUCUGUGACGAUUGGUUGGCUGUCGAUGAAGGCGAUGGCAAAAUCGAGAGGAUUCUGUAUCCUGCUUCCAAGAAAGACCUGACCAAGUUUAACGUACUGUUCACAUCUGAAGUGAGGAAAAACCUAACUGACGGCCAUAUUUGGUUUUCAGUUGUUGCUCGGCCGCCGCGAAGUAACUUUACUCGCGUGCAACGUUUGACCUGCUGUUUGUCCAUUCUCAUGACGACGCUGAUUGCUAACGCUAUGUUUUACCAAUUGGGAGAAAACGAAACGCCUAAAAAUGCCAUCAGGAUAAUGGGAUUUAGUUUUUCCAUCCGGCAGGUUUCCAUUGGAUUCAUGAGCAGCAUGAUCGUCUUUCCAGCAAAUCUAAUCAUUGUGACCAUAUUCCGAAAAGCCAAACCAAAGGCAAGCCAAUAUGAAGUGAAGUCAGGACGCAUUGAAGGCGAAGAUGUAGAUAUCGAGACAGGGGAGGAAAAGAAAAAGAGUCCAAAGAAGUUUGUUUUACCACACUGGUUCGUGUACGUAGCAUACGUCAUGGCAUUUAUCGCCACUUGUACAUCAGCGUCAUUUGUGAUCAUGUAUGGAAUGGAGUUCGGACCAGAAAAAUCUGCACGGUGGCUUUCAUCAAUAACGAUAUCUUUCUUACAAGACGUGCUCUUUACACAACCUAUUAAAGUGUUCAUCAUGGCAACCCUGUUCGCCCUUCUUAUAAAGGACCCGAAAAAGGCCGAGCAAGAGUCGUUUGCGGACGCAAACACCCUUGCGAACGAUGAGGAGUGGCUGCAGAAAAACACUGAGGAUCUCGAUCCCGAAACGCAACAAACCCUCAAGCAACUGAUAAAUGAUAAACCUCCAGACGAGGCUAAGCUAGAGAUAGCGCGCAAGUUAAGAAUGAAAGAAAGACAAAUGGAAUCCAUUAUUCGGGAAAUUGCAUGGUAUGUUAUCUUCCUACUGGUCCUCCUGACAAUCGCUUAUGGCAACCGAGAUCUGACAACUUCCAAGGUGACUAGAUACAUGAAGGACACAUUUGAAGAUAGUGUUCAUGGAGAAAACGUUACAUACGGAAAGGUAAGUGCUUCUAAGGCUCAGCUCACACUAUACCGAAUAGCUUUUGGGCCAACACGAGAACCAUAACGGAUAGGGUUUCUGUUCACACAUAAGAACUGUGAUUUCCAGCCGCAUUUCUAUAACGUAGCGACGCUGCGCCGUGCCGCGCCGCGCCGCGCCGAUCUCGAAAGUGGAGCGUCACAUAUAGGAUAGGUCCUCUGCCGCUCUUUGGUGCAGUGUGAACAGAUAUUCCUUAUAGCUGGAGCGAAUAAGCAGCUAGCGAGGACUGGAAGCCACUGAGAGGGAAGAAAAUAUUCGGGGGUAGCGAUUAGGAUUGAUCCGGGAGUGUACCAAACCCUCUUGGCCAACCGCUCCGACGCGAUUUUGAUGUGUGUAAAAGUUUUGUCCCAGGCCUUUGCUGUUCAUACCAUAUGGGAUAGCUUUUAUUGUCUACACGAAAUGCUCUCAGGUAAAGUGUAGGCACAGCCUAAGCCUUUGCACCUCGGGAGCUCGUGGGUUUGAUACCAGAAGCUGGACUUGUCCUAAGGGUCUUUAAAAAACUGGGAAGAAGGUAGAUGUUGCCUUUUCACUGCUGCACAUGGCUUGUCCUUCUCGUUGCAAUAAUCUCGUAGCAAAAGAGUAGUAAUUAUGUCACCAUCAGGAGUUAUAUAAACUUUGUCGUCUGUAGCACUUCAUGCUAAAUACGUUCUCACUUAGUUAGUAAAGUCAGCUAGUAUACGUAAAAUUAACAAUAUUGUUACUAAUGACAUUUUGUGGCUGCCGGAGCUGGCAGGCCUUAUUGACGGAACAAAGCUGAGAACAAUCCAAAAGUAUUCAUAAUAAAAAUUCAAGGAAGUAAAGAUUUGACAACAAAUAGAAUACGCGUAAACUGGUUUCAAAGAUCACGUGGACAAAAUUUCCUUUAAAGGUUUGCAUCGGUUUCGAAGUUCAUCAGUGAGGGCAAUUCCUGAAGGAUAAAAAACGGUCACAUCACGAUCAUGUUCGGAAUGGCCAUUUAUAUCUAUAUGUUUAACUCAAUUUGCUUCAGGUGCACGAGAUUAGCCAUUACUGGACUUGGAUUAGAACUAUAUUCAUACCUUCUCUGAUGCCUCGUUAUUACUACGAUGACGUAUCAGAUUAUGACAGAAGAUUCCUUGCAGAUACUCCAACGGCCUUCCUUUUAGGUGUGGCUCGACUCAGGCAGCUCAGAAUCAAGAAAGGUAUGGACGUGUGAUUUGAUUUACUUUUUUUACCAAAAAAAAGAUAACCAUGGGGGUUGAGAGCGGAUUCUCCAGUUUACCUACGGCAGUAUUUAUAGCUCAGAUAUUUCACUAUAUUUGCCAGUGGGGCCAAGCAAUUCCUGGAACAAAUAAAUUAAAGCAAACUCGAGAGGGUUAAAACCCCCGUGAACUGGCCGGAGGCAAACUAGUGCGUAGCCGAAGAUUUGAACUCGGGACUAGCAUGGAGAGUACUGAACAAAUCCAGCGAGUGGUUAGGGCGAGGCUUGAACUCGGCGCCUCUGGAUUUCAAAUCCAGUGCUCUAAACGUCCAACCACGCCACCUACACAUUAAGACCAUCCUACCUCCGAGGUCUCUCUUCUUCUGGCGAGAAAGAUUUAAGGCCUUGCCUCCAAUUGUAUGUCUUAUCCUGUAUACAGUGCGUUUUCCCAACGAGUUUCAUUUGGCGGAUGGUAUCUAAUACGGAAGCCCUUGCUGUUAAAGGGGAUGAGUAAAAAAAUGCAGUCUUAUUUAUCUUGUUAAGAAAUUACUUAUAAAGAAGAAAACCACAGCCUCUUGAGAAACAAGACAGUAUACCAACCUCGUUCCCAGGGAUCUCUCCUACCCGUCCCUACGGAGCGUGAGAGAUGGGAUAGAGAACCUGGGAACCAGAUUGGACAGUAUACAUCUUAAUAUCUACAGUUAGACAAAAAAAUGUAGAUUUUGAAACGGGUUGUUAACUGGACAGGUCUCAAAAAUCGCAAUCGCAAUCCACUUUAAUCUUCUAAAAUUUUUCCUACCCGUGUUUUUCAACUCAGUCUUAAAUUAAAUACUCGUUUUUAAUCUCAAUCUUCUUGCAAUGUUUUCAUCUCUGGAUAUUGAUCUCUGUUACAGAUACCUGCGUUUUCAAACGUUACUUUCUGUACUUCAUCCACGAGUGCAAUGACUUCUAUAGCGUUGAUGAGGAGGACAGAGGCUCAUAUCUCCCUGGCUGGAAAGUCAAACCUACGACAUCAAAUCAAAGCCUGCUUGCGAACAGUAAACCAGACCCUUGGAUGUACCAGACGGGCUCACAACUGAACACAUAUCCGUACUGGGGUUACAAGGCGACAUACAGCGCCGGGGGUAAGAUAAGGUUCUUAUGGUGUGGUAAUUAGGGAGCUUUAGCAUCGAAGAUAGCGACGGCCACAAAACGUCACUUUUAAAAUAUAUUCGUUUAUUAUUCAUUCAAAAUAUACCCGUUUCUGAUUGCCUAAGAUCUCACGGCGAAUUCUUCAAAUUUGAAAGACGUUUGCGAUAUCCGGAAGAAGUCGAUAGUUCACUGACGCCAGUAGCAUAGUGGGGAUCGCACUAAAGUUUAGAAAUAGAAAGGGAAACUCAUCGUCUUGUGUAUACGUCCUCCCUAACACGUUGUGAUCGUGCAGUGACAACAAAAUUAAAGAAUGUACUUAUUAUGAAAAAUGUACUGCACGUGCAAAAUUGUUAUUUUUCUUAUUAAAAUGAUUGCUUUUAUGUUCCCUUUGCCGUCACCGUCUUGCAUUAUUGCUAAAUCUCCCUCGUCAUGGAGCGUUGCAGAUGUCUGUAACGUCAUUAAAGAUGCAUGGGUGACACUUAACAAAUUUUCUGUUUUGGCACUUAAACGUUUCACAAUCAAAAAACUAAAAUUGCUUUUUUUUAUUGUUCAAAAGUCUCCCUUUAUUGCUUAAAACUGCUUGACUUGAUAGCUUGGUGAGAACCAGGUAUGACGUCACUCAUAACCAUGGUGGUCUCUGUUCACCAAAGAAAUUUCAGAUGUAUAUGUAAAAAAAUAGAAAUGGGAGGUACGAGAGAAUCUAGCCCCAUUACAUCGUCUCCUAAAAGUGCUAAGAUGCACAAACGUGUGGAAGGUUUUUUUCUUUCUUAUGUGUUACCGCUAAAGAGGUAAUGACGAAUCCACACCUUGAUAAUAACAACGAUGAGCUCUAUGGCAUAGACGAGGUAUCCUGCUGGCUUGACUUUUUUUGCCUUCUUUUUGGACAAACUAUGAGGGAGAGCAGGCGGCUUCCAAUCUUAGAUCCGACACUAAUAUUAAUAUUCACAUAUUGAGAAACGGCGCGUAAACAAAUUGAUGAAGUACACUUCAAUGUUGCUAAAGCUCGUUCAAUUUCACUGCAGGUUUUGUCCAGGAAUUACCCAAUAAUGAAAGCGAGGCCCUAAAUGCAAUCCAAAACCUGAGCGACACUAAUUGGCUGGACCGGUACACGAGAGCUAUCUUCUCCGAGUUUGCCAUUUACAAUGCCAAUACAAACUUGUUCAGUGUGGUGACACUGUUAUUUGAACAACUGCCAACGGGAAGUCUAACUCCCUACCCAAGCAUUCUGACGCUCCGUCUCUUCCGGUACGUAGGUGGUGAAAUGUACUUCGUCUUGACCUGCGAAAUUGUAUACCUCUUGUUUUGUAUAUAUUUUGUACUUAAGGAGAUCAAACAGUUUGUAAAGAAAGGGAAGGAACAUUUAAAGAACCCGUGGAGCGUACUGGAAAUUUUCCUGACAUGUCUUUCCUUGACUGCAGUGGGCUUGUACUUUGCCAGGCUGGCUUUCACCAAGCGUGCGUUAAAAGCGAUGAAUAAUAAUCUUGGAACAAGCUUUGUAAGUUUCCAUUACACUGCGUUCCUAGACGAGUGGUUCAAGUGCAUAAUCGGGAUCAUCGUUUUCCUCUCAAUCCUGAAAGUGUUUCGUUUGCUGCGUUUCAACCGCCGAAUGUCAAUGCUUCAGCAAGUUCUAAAGCGAUGUUUCACCCAGUUGAUGUCUUUCAUGAUUAUGUUUGCCCUAGCGUUUCUCGCAUUCGCACUCCUUGCGUGCCUUGUUUUUGGGCAGAUCAUGGAGGGUUUUGGAACGUUCUUGGAUAGCUGUGCUUCUCUGAUGGACACAUUACUCGGUAAGUUUGCAUUGAAAGAAAUGUCUCAAGCCAAUCGUAUCAUUGGACCCAUCUUCUUCUACAGCUACACAGUGUCAAUGGUGUUUAUCCUCAUCAACAUGUUUGUCACCAUAAUUAAUGACACUUUUACUGAAGUUCGGAGUGAUGUAGAAAAGCAGUCGAACGACUAUGAAAUAGUAGACUUUAUGAUUCACCGCCUGAAGAAGAAUAUUGGCAAAACAAUAGGCCACGCCAUUCAUCCCGUCUACAAAGAGCCAAAGUCUGAUCUGGAGCUCAAGUUUGACAAAAUCGUCGACGACGCCGAUAAUGUCAUGCAUUUUAUGAGAAACAUGACAUUUGAAGACUUCCGUAAAACUCGGUGGUUCCAAAACGAAACAUGCACUGAAAAGAAGAAAAACCUGAUACGGUUGUUAAUGGAAGUGGACUGGGAUUAUUAUGAAGAUGAGCUCUGUGAUUCCAUUCCUGUUUUUGAACGGUUUCUUAGCGAACGUAGCGAAGAGGAAUUGGAGGCAAUGCUGCAGGCCUAUAGACAAAAGCGUAUGGUGGAGGAUCUGGUAUUCGAUAAAAUCAAUGGUGAAGAUAGCUCCUCCCAAAGCGACAGUGACAGUGAUGAUAGCAGCGACGACCUUGAUAAUACAAGCGACGAUGAACAAUCGAGUAACGACGAAAAUAGAUCGGAAACUGACCCUAAUGUCGAAAGUGACCGACGCCCGUCAACUUCAACAUACAGUACUUCAUCAACGAGCUCAGCUAAAGUUCCAGGAACUGCAGCUAGAGUGUUGACUCCUGCUCUAAUAAUUACUGAUGUGAGACCAGAAACUGUAGUGGAAUUAGAACAACAUGUUGAGGAAAACAUGAGGAAAAGUUCAUUUGCUGAUCAGGGAGUGUCUGACAAUGAGCUGUUGGCAAUUCUUGAGGACGUACAGCGCGAUGUAGAAAGUCGGUGCGCCACAGACGCGGAGUUGGACAGCAUUUUAUAUGAAGAUACGUUCACUCCACGGAGAUGCGACAGUAAUCCAGAAACCUCCUUCGCAGACAAGAAAACGAAAAAGCGAAAGAAGACUGCGGAAUUGCCAGUCGAAGAAAAGACGAUCAAAGAAGCUUGGGUUACCGUAAGUCUUACCGCUAAAGAACCCGACGACGUAUAUGAAAAUACGACAGAGGGAAUGGAUGGUGAAGAAAAUGCGAAAGCUAAAAACAAAAUGGGAAUGGAAACUGCGUCUGAAGUAGAGGAGAAACAAAACAAACGCUUAAAGAAGAAAGGAAAGCAAGUUAGAGAGGACCAUAUAAGUGCUGUAGAAGACGGCGAAAGAAAACCAAACAAAACUGGAAAGAAAAAGAAAAAGGGUCAAGAUGGAGUUGAUGUGGGUGCCGAAGAUAACUUGCAAGGAGAAACAAGAGACGGUGAAGGGACUAAGAGGAAAAAGAAGAGCGCAGCUUCGCUGAAUUUAGAAGUUAUUGGCGAAAGUGAUAAAAAAGAAACGAGCGGACGUGAGGUAGCAAAGAAGGAAAAGAAAAAGAAAACCAUAGCCGAUAAAGCCAAAGAAGAAGACGACGGCGAGAAUGGCAGCGAGGAGCAAGUCGAAAGAGAAUCCAGAAAGGAAAGCAUAGAGAUAUCCGCAGCAGAAGAAGAGAGAGCGAAAGAGGGUGAGAGGAGGAAGAAGAGAAAAAAGAAAAAAGAAGCUAUGGAAGAAAAAGGAGAAGAAAAGACAAAGGGAGACGUCGAUGAGGAAACAGAAACAAAGAAAAAUUCGAACGAGUUCAGUGAAAUGUUUGAAGAAGUGUUGGGCUCUAGCUGCGAUGAUCAAACCUCGCUGAAAAAGAUAAAGAAAAAAGGCAAAGCAAAGAAAAAAUUGGUCGUGGAAGAGGAUGACGGGUCAGGUUUGUUUAAAUCUGGCGAAACAAGUUAUGGAUCAGGGGAGCAGCAAAAAGAAAUAAAGUUUUCGAUGGAGGAAUCCAGUGUUGAAAGGAAGGAAAGCGCUGAUCAGACCGGGCUAAAAAAGAUGAGGAAAAAAGGCAAAGCAAAGAAAAAAUUUGUCUUGGAAGAGGAAGAUCGGUCAAGUUUGUUUAAAUCUGGCGAAACAAGUUAUGGAUCAGGGGAGGAGCAAAAAGAAAGAAAGUUUUCGUUGGAGGAAUCCAGUGUUGAAAGGAAGGAGAGCGUAGCAUGAUCAUUACUGUUUAAGUGACAUAAAGCAGAACUUUUCAAGGCUUUAAACAUAGUGUUCGUUUUUUAAAGGAUUACAUCUCGUGUUUUUUCCUUCUUUUUAAUUGUUAUUUAACUAGCCUUCACGCCUGUUGAUGUUCGCGCGAAGGAAAAUGUUCUCUUUUGUCUUAAGCUAGUCUGGCAAGCGUUCCUUGAUCAUAGCACAAAAACAAAGGCUUUACGUCAGCUAUGACAGACUGAAUUUGCUUGUGAGCAACGUUGCUCCAAUGAAAUUCAUGUGACGUCUGAUUCCCAAGGGAAUGUUUCCCCACUGAAAACAUCACAAAUGGAGUUUAUGGGUAGCAUACACGUAUAUUAGAAAUUUGUCAAGCACCAGUUUUCUAGCAGCUUUUGCGGUGUACGCGCAUGGGGUAUGCGAUAAGUCAGCUUUCAACAGUUAACUGACAGGAGUUAAAGUUAGAAUUUAAAAAGGCGAUGCAAAACACUCUGGAGAAAGCUAUUGGUCGUUUUCACCAGAUUUGAAUCAUCUGUCUCAGAGAGAAAAUCCAUCCAUUUAAAUAGACGGAUUAACAAACGGAUAAGUCUGGCAGGAUAUUCGUUUAACAUCAACACCUUCCCCAUUAAGAUCGAUCAUCCGCUCGAUAUCACUGAGCAGUCAUUUGCGACUGUUUGCAAAUGGGUGAGGCUGUUCAUAUUUUUUAGCCUGUGCCGGGCUCUCAAAUAGUGAAGUGGGGACGUUUUAAAAGGAGCAAAGCGAAAAUAGGACGCGGGCGACUUAGUAAAGGGGGCAGUGGCGGCGGGAAAAAUGGCUGUCUCUCCCCAGUUUCCGCGCGUUUUUCGCAUUUCUUUUUACUGAACGACUUUUCACCACUAUCUGGGAGCCUGGAACAGGCUAAUAUUUUUUUACCCUCUGAACCGCUGAUUUUCUUAAUUUUGAACUGAACAGUUGUCGUACACAUGACUUUAUCAACGUUGUAACGAGGCCCGUGUUUUGAAGGGGUGUUUGUUUUGGAAGCUUAUAGAAAACUUUAUAUGAAACAAGGUACGCGUUAAAAUGUCCCAAAUAUACAUGUAUGCUGCAAAUAAAUUAGGCUCAAGGUGUGGUAAAACGGGCAACAAAGGUGCAACUUGUUUUGCAACAUUGCUGCAAAACGAGUUGAAUAGCGACGUUGCGCGUUUUAUUAGCCACGUUCAAACCUGUCCUGCAACAAAUUCGGUCGUUGCAGGUUGCAAAAAUUUGUUGCAGAAAGUAGGGAAUACGACCGUAGUUCUACUUUUUAAAACACAACCUGUACUGAUGUUGCGCGUUUUAGCUACCCCGGAAAAACUUGUUUGACAGCAAGUGACGUAACUCCCACGUAAUCUUAACCAAUCAAAUGGUUGAAGGUGGGUGGUAAAACGCGCAGCAAGGCUUUUCAACUCGUUUUAGCUGCAUGUUGUAAAACAAGUCAAGUUGCACGUUUUCUUUCCCGUUUUACUAAAGCUUUAGUUGAGAUCAUCAAGCGA